GAGCACUAGAUGUCAGAGCCAACAAGUCAGACUAUGCCAAAAUGACCUUAUGGCUUCAUUAAAGGAACACUGUAGUGUUAAGAAUACAGCCCUGGUGCCCCUGUAUAAUUACCCCCUCCACUCCCCUGAUCUUAAAAUAAAAACAAAAUUAUUACUUUUAAAACAAAUUACUCCAGUGCCAACUCUCCCUCAGUGCUGCCACAACCUCCUUCUUUAGUGACAUAAUCCUGUAGGCAUUCCUGUUACGGUAUGAGAACCGGGAACUAUGUCCUCUAUUUAGGUGACAUGAGGGCUUUGGGGGGUAGGUGGGGAGGAUAGAAUUGCAAGCACUAUGACAAGUUCAUUAAUAGGAAGUUGUUAAAAUGACUACAGUGUCCCCUAAGCAGUAGCCAUUAGCAUAACAUUUUCACUGCUAAAUCAUAAUACAUUUUAAAAGUCCAAAUGAUUGUUAUAUACUGAUGAUAAUGGUCAGUCAUAUAUAUUCACCUUGAGUUAACAGUCAGGAUUGCAAAGUAAACUGAAUUGUGCAAAACAUGACAUGGCAAAGGUUUUUACCCUAACAUUUGAAAUAAUAUAGUUAUUCCAGAUUAUUAACAAUUCAGCAAAUAGCCCUGUGUUCAUUGAGGAGUUCAUUUGCGUAACCCGACCCAUAAACCUAAAUUGUACGUUGUGUACUAUGAAACAGACUUUCUGACUAUUAUGAUACAAACAGUCAAUAAUGGUCUACCAAAUAUUAUUGAAUUGACUAAUAUUUUUUUCUUUCCUCAACAGCCCAACACUCAAAUAGCCAACGUUCCAGGUAGCUGUGAGGAAUGUUUUUGCUCUUCAUUGAAAGAUCCGGAUUCUGACUUUAAUAUUGCAUAUUGUUCCAAAAUUAUAUGCAGUACAUUAUGUCCACCAGUAAGUUAAAUUAUUUACAGUAUUCAUUGCUGCCAAUCUGAUCUCCUCCCCAUUCCACAUUAAAUGCAGCUUUCUUCUUUUUCAGUUAACAUUAUGUAUUGUGUUUCACCUUUAGUAUAAUUACACCGUUAUCAGACAUUCCUUAAAUAUACAAUAAUGGCAUGUUAUGCAGAUACAAAAUGGUCUCUUAUGCAAAUUCAAAUAUACAAUGGUAUCCUGUGGUUCUUAAUCCCUGGGUCAGAAAUAAAAUGUGGGUCCCCAUUACAUUUUAUGGGAUCCCCAAUGGUUGGAAAAGCCAUAUUAUAUUUAUCUCAUAUAUAUAUCAGGUUCCAUCACUCUCACAUCCCAAAACUCUUCCUCCCAACCUUUUUCCAGUCUAAACCAGACAAAUAGAACCAGCAGAGAAAAUAAUUUGUAAUGCAACUCAGUGAUGUGAUUUCUAAAAAUCACAACAUUGAUGUGCAUUGCAAAUUCUUAUCUGCGCUUGUUCAAUUGUUCUGUUCUGUGUUACAAUUGCUAUGCCACUAUUGGAGCCACAGUGGACUAUGAAUUAAGCUGCACAGAAGUUUAAUAUUGUGUUUAAAGUUUUGUUUUUUUGUUUUCGCAUUUUUGGUACCAAUUUUUGAUGCUACCAAUUUUUAAAAUUCUUUUCAUUAAGUUUAACCCUUUUUGUUCUUUAUUUUUUUUUUUUUUUUAUAAAUUCUUUAUUUUGGUAGUGCAUACAUAAACAAUACGCUUGAAUAGCCACGACAGCUAUAGCAAGCUGCAAUCAAUAGAAUAGUAUAACAAUAGCAUGGCAUGUGAGUAUCGGCACAAUUUUUUAAAAGGGUUAUAUAAAAGAUUCAACAUAAUGCAGCCACUGAAAAUAGGAUAGAAAAAGAGCAAUUUCAAUCCUGGUCGUAUGGUUAGUGUCGGCGUAUAUGCUUAUGGACUGGAGUAUGCCUACAGUGGAAGGCAAGGUGCAUGCUUAUGUGCCUCUUGAGUCAAAAGUGAAAUGGGACCCUGUGUUCUGAGGGAGUAUGUUAAUACGCCCGUGUUGUGGAUCAGUUAGAAAUUCCAGCUAUAGGCCGUGUGUAAGGUCGUAAGGCCUUGUGGACAGAGAGGGCUGUGCACGGCCUAGAUUGUCGUGUGAGUGAGAGGAUAAAAGAGGGUACUGACGUGCAACCUGGUAGUGUAUUUGUGCAGCUCCUAAUUAGUGAUCUCGUGGUAGAGUAAAUGCGUUGGAGCUGGGGGGGUUUUGGUAUUAAAGGGAGCCAAUUAGUCCGGGUUCUGCCCGGUUCGGCGGCAAAUAAAAGCCGUAUAGCAAUCCUGCUAUGUGUGUGUAGGGGUUUCUGGGUUACCCCUCAAUAGGGUGUUCUUUAUUUUUUAAAUAACUUUUAUUAGUACGUUUUUUCAAAACAUAACAAUAUAGAUUUGUACAACCUACAUAUCAAUAUUUUUUUCAAAUAAGUGUUUACAGAAAAAAAAGUUUUGUGUUCAAUUUUCUUCCAGAUUUUAAUAAGGUAUCAAGAUUUACACCAGCAAUUUGCAGAUGGUACUCUGUCAAAUUCAUUAGCUAGAUUGGUUGAAUAUUUUUAGGCUAAUUGGAGAACUCAUGUUGUCUGUUUAAGACUAAUGUGAAUCCUGUUCUGAGAUAUAGCAUAGCAGUUUAGACUGUUUUCAUAUACACAAAUACCCUGGUGGCAUUCACUUGCUCUCCUUCUCAUGUUGUUGUGUGUGUAUAUAUUUAUAUAUUUAGGGAGACAGAAAGGAAAAGUUACAUUUCAUGAACAGAAGUGUGCUAUAAUCCAAAUGCCUGCAGUAGCGCCAUUAUAGCAUGAGUAUAAAUAAAUUGUAGAGAUUACAAAUAAAUUGUAGAGAUUACACCAAGGAUAGUCAGUCCACUGAAGCAUUAUAUAAGAUAACAUAGGCGAUCAUUACAGAACAUAAUCCACUUCAAAAUUAGCAAUUAUCAAAAUAUCUUUAUUCAGAAGCUUCAUAAACCAUCGACAUAUCAUGAAAGGUAUACACCACAGAAACUGUGUUUUCUAGACAAUGUAUUUCCAACUUCAAUGUCUAAGACAUUAACUCACAUGCAAUUAUUGUUCCUAUAUAUUAAUAUAUUACCUUUUAUACAGUUGUGUUUAAAAGUUUGCAUACCCUUGUAGAAUAUGUAAUAUAUGUGCCAUUUUUAAAGAAAACAUGACUGAGCAGGCAAAACACAUUUCUUUUUUUUUCUUAUGGGAAUCAUAUUCAACUGUAGGUUAUAACAGAAUGGCACAAUCAUAAAACAAAACAUGGCAACAAAGAAAAAAAAUUAAAUCACCCCUGUUCAAAAUUAUACAUACCCCAAGUUCUUAAUAGUGUAUUGCCCCCUUUAGUAUCAAUGACAGUGUGCAGUCUUUUGUAAUAGUUGUCUAUGAGGCCCCUAAUUCUUGCAGGUGGUAUAGCUGUCCAUUUGUCUUGGCAAAAUGCCUCCAGGUCAUGCAAAGUCUCUGGUCGUCUUGCAUGAACUGCACGGUUGAGAUCUCCCCAGAAUGGCUUGAUGAUCUUAAGGUCAGGAGACUGUGAUGGCAACACCAGAACUGUCACCUUUUUCUGCUGUAACCACUGAAGGGUCAGUUUGGCCUUGUACUUAGGGUCAUUGUCAUGCUGGAAAGUCCCAUGUGCAGCCUUUGUGCAGAAGAAUGCAAUUUGUCUACUAGUAUUUUCUGAAAACAUGCUGCAUUUUCCACACAGCCCCAAAACCAGGGGUCAAGUCCUGGGGAAAAAAGUGUGGGAACUCACCCAAGAUUCCCGCCUCACCCCCCCUUAAAAAAAAAUUAAAAAAAAUUACACUCCUAUGCAUAUAGUGCAGUGCGUGUAUAAUGAAUGUAGUGUGUUUGUAGUGAAUGCAGUGUGAAUAAUAAUUGUAGUGUAUUUGUAGUGAGUGCAGAGUGUGUAUAAUGAAUGCAGUGUGUUUUUAGUGAGUGCAGAGUGUGUAUAAUGAAUGUAGUGUAUUUGUAGUGAGUGCAGUGUGUAUAAUAAAUGUAGUGUAUUUGUAGUGAGUGCAGUGUGUAUAAUAAAUGUAGUGUGUUUGUAGUGAGUGCAGUGUGUAUAGUGAAUGCAGUGUGUAUAGUGAAUGUAGUGUUUUUGUAGUGAGUGCAGAGUGUGUAUAAUGAAUGAGAGUGUGUAUAAUGUGUAGUGUGUUUGUAGUAAGUGCAAAUUGUGUAUAAUGAAUUUAGUGUGUUUGUAGUGAGUGCAGUGUGUGUACAAUGAAUGCAGUGUGUGUAGUGUGUUUGUAGUGAAUGCAGAGUGUGUAUAGUGAAUGUAGUGUGUAGUGAGUGCAGAAUGUGUAUAAUGAAUGCAGAGUGUGUAUAGUGAAUGCAGAGGGUGUAUAGUGAAUGUAGUGUGUUUGUAGUGAGUGAAGAGUGUGUAUAAUGAAUGCAGUGUGUGCGUGUGCUGGAUGAUGUGUGUGUGUGUGUGCUGGAUGACGUGUGUGUGCUGGAUGAUGUGUUUGUGUGCUGGAGGAUGUGUGUGGGUGAGUGCUGGAUGAUGUGUGUGUGUGUGGGUGCUGGAUGAUGUGUGUGUGUGUGUGCUGGAUGAUGUGUGUGUGUGUGCUGGAUGAUGGGUGUGUGUGUCGUGCUGGAUGUGGGUGUGUGUGUGUGCUGGAUGAUGGGUGUGUGUGUGCUGGAUGAUGUGUUGGGUGCUGGAUGUGUGCUGGAUGGUCGUGUGCUGGGUGUGUGCUGGAUGAUGGUUGUGUGCUGGAUGAUUGGGUGUCGUGCUGGAUGAUGGUGUGGAUGGUGUGUGCUGGAUGAUUGUGUUGUUCGGAUGGUGUGUGUGUGCUGGAUGAUGUGUGUGUGUGUGUGUGCUGGAUGGUGUGUGCGUGCUGGAUGAUGGGUGUGUGUGCGUGCUGGAUAAUGGGUGUGUGUGUGCGUGCUGGAUAAUGGGUGUGUGUGUGUGUGCUGGAUGAUGGGUGUGUGUGAGUGCUGGAUGAUGGGUGAGUGCUGGAUGAUGUGUGUGUGAGUGCUGGAUGAUGUGUGUGUGUGUGCUGGAUGGUGGGUGUGUGUGUGCUGGAUGAUGGGUGUGUGUGUGCUGGAUGAUGGGUGUGUGUGUGCUGGAUGAUGGGUGUGUGUGUGCUGGAUGAUGGGUGUGUGUGUGCUGGAUGAUGGGUGUGUGAGUGCUGGAUGAUGGGUGUGUGUGUGCUGGAUGAUGGGUGUGUGAGUGCUGGAUGAUGGGUGUGUGUGUGCUGGAUGAUGGGUGUGUGUGUGCUGGAUGGUGGGUGUGUGAGUGCUGGAUGGUGGGUGUGUGAGUGCUGGAUGAUGGGUGUGUGUGUGCUGGAUGAUGGGUGUGUGUGUGCUGGAUUAUGUGUGUGUGCUGGAUGAUGGGUGUGUGUGUGCUGGAUGAUGGGUGUGUGUGUGAGUGCUGGAUGAUGGGUGUGUGUGUGUGUGCAUGCUGGAUGAUGGGUGUGUGUGUCAAGUGCUGGAUGAUGGAGGUGUGUGUGUGUGCUGGAUGAUGUGUGUGUGUGUGCUAGAUGAUGUGUGGCUGGAUGAUGUUGUGUGUGCUGGAUGUGUGUGUGUGUGUGUGCUGGAUAAUGUGUGUGUGUGUGUGUGUGCUGGAUUGAGUGUGGAGUGCUGGAUGAUGGGUGUGUGUGUGCUGGAUGAUGUGUGUGCUAGAUGAUGUGUGUGUGUGUGCUGGAUGAUGUGUGUGCUAGAUGAUGUGUGUGUGUGCUGGAUGGUGCUGGAUGAUGGGUGUGUGCUGGAUGAUGGGUGUGUGAGUGCUGGAUGAUGGGUGUGUGAGUGCUGGAUGAUGUGUGUGUGUGCUGGAUGAUGGGUGUGUCCUGGAUGAUGGGUGUGUGAGUGCUGGAUGAUGUGUGUGUGGGGGGGGGAAAGCAUUUUUUUUUUACUUUAUGUAUAAUAUUUAUUUUAUUCCCCCCUCCCUGCUUCUUACCUUGUCAGGGAGGGGGGAGAUCGCCUGGUGGUCCGGUGGUAUGCUGGAGGGAGCCAGCCGCUGCACAGAGGGGCCAUGACACGCUGUGUUCCCUCUCCAGCUCUAACUCUCGCGAGACUCGCCUGUGCGGAGCGUUGCCAUGGUAACAGCCGCGGGUCUCGCGAGAGUUAUAGCUGGAGAAGGAACACAGCGUGUGCUGGCCCCUCUGUGCAGGUAGCAGGGCCGGUCCUGCAGGACAGGUAACGGGAACGGCGUUCCUGCUUUGGAAAAAGUGCAGGAACGCCGUUCCCAUGCGUUCCUGCAGGACUCGAGCCCUGCCCAAAACAUCAGUGAGCCACCAGCAUGCUUCACAGUGGGGAUGCUAUUCUUUUCACUAAGGGCCUUGUUGACCCCUUUCCAAACAUGGUUGUGACCAUAAUGCUCUAUUUUGGUCUUGUCAAUACAAACUACAGUGUGCCAGAAGUUGUGAGGCGAGUCAAGGUGUCGUCGAGUAUAUUGUAACCAGACCUUUUUUGUGGCAUUAAGUAAAGUAAAGACUUCUAUCUGGCAACUCAACCAUGCAGCUCAUUUUUGUUCAAGUAUUGUAGUAUUGUGCUCCUUGAAACAACCCCCACCAUCUUUUUUCUAGAACAGUUUGCAUUUCUCCUGAGGUUACCUGUGGGUUUUUCUUUGUAUCUCGAACAAUUCUUCUGGCAGUUGUGGCUGAAAUCUUUCUUUGUCUACCUUGACUUUAGCUUGAUAUCAAAACAUCCCCGAAUUUUCCACUGCUUAACCCCUUAAGGACACAUGACAUGCAUGUCAUGAUUCCUUUUUAUUCCAGAAGCUUGGUCCUCAAGGGGUUAAUAAGUGAUUGAACAGUACUGACUGUCAUUUUCAAGGCUUUGGAUAUCUUUUUAUUUCCUUUUCCAUCUUUAUAAAGUUUCAUUACCUUGUUUCGCAGUUCUGUUGGCGGUUCUUUUCUGCUCUCCGUGGCUAAGUAUCUAGCCUGCUCAGUGCAGCCAUGUGAGAGCUAACAAACUGAAACUAAUUGCAAUUUAAAAAGCCACUGGUAUGGGAAAUUAACCUUCAGAUGUCAUUUUAACAUGUGUGUCUCACCUCUGCAACAAGGCCAAACAUUCAAGGGUAUGUGAAGUUUUGAUCAGGGCCAUUUGGGUAAUUGCUGUUAUCAUUAUGAUUUACAAAGAAACCAAACAACUAUGUCAUAAUAAAUGGCUUCACAUGAUCACUAUCCUUCAAUAAAAUAUAUAUUUUUUGUGUGUGAUCAGUCAUAUUUUCAAAAUCAAUACCAAAAUGUCACAAUUUCUGCCAGGGAAUGCAAACUUUUGAGCACAGCUGUAUAUCUAAUUUUGUUAAUUAUUAAUUUCUAUUUAGCAAUCAUUGUAAUUGCUGUUUAUUUGAGCAAACCAAUACAACCAACAUUCUUUCUGUAUUCUAUAUGCACUUCAUAUAAAUAAAUAUGAACUAAAUAAAGAAUUAACAAAUAAAAAUAUCAACUACUAACUAAAACAUGGAUCAUGAGCGAUUCCAUUUAUAAAUCAAAUAUCCCAGCUUGAAAAUUGUAGAUUUGUAUUGAUCUGAAUAUGUCAAUGAAAUUAUUUCAUUUAUAGGGAUAAUAUCACAGCCCAGGAUUUUAACAUUUUGCUAAUUGAUACAUAUAUUUAAUAUAUUUAACAGAUGGGUGUUUAUAAAGUAUGAAAUUACACUUGCAACUGUGGGCUUCCAUCUUAGCUCCCCAUCAUUCUUUGUUAUAAGAUCUAUUGUUCGGGAAAUUGUACCAUAUAUAUGUAUGUAUUUCUCUUCCAACUCCAGGGCCAAGAGUAUGAAGUUUCUCCUGGUCAGUGCUGUGGAAAAUGUGUCCAGACAUCAUGUGCAAUUGCAAUGCCUACAACAGCUGAUGAAUCACUGUUGACUACACCAAGUGAAAGCUUUCACUUAAUAAUGGUACCAUACUUCAUAAUUUGCACUCUUAAUAUUGUAUUCUAAUGUUGAAACACAUUGUCCACAUGGCCAUGUGACAUAUACACAUUGCUAAAUGCAAAUGCCACUAACUCUUAUGUUUAUCUUUAGGGACUGCCUCUUAUGUACAGUCCUACUCCUAAAAUAAACGGACCAUCAGCAAAGUAGUUUUAAAUAUAACUUCAACUACAGAUCUUUUUCAAGCUUAUAUUUUUCAUAAGUACCUGUCUAGAGCUACCUACAAUUAUUAUUAUUUUUUUUUUUUUUUUAAAUGUUUUACCAGGAAAGAUACAUUGAGAUUUCUCUCGUUUUCAAGUAUGUCCUGGGUCCACAAAACAUUGCAUUGAUACAAUAUGGUACAAUAAAAAAAUAAAAAAAUAUUAAUACAUAAUAUAUACAAAAUUAAACAUAGAACUGGUAGGAAAUAUAUAAUUAACCAUGACAGGUGCAUUCUGUUUUGAGAUAUGAAGAGAUCUAUCUCUUAAAGGAUUUUAGACCUGGGGAAGAUAUGAAAGUGUGCGAGAGGUAGUUCCAUAAUUGCGGUGCUCUGUAGGAAAAGGAGGAUCAAGCUGCUUUCUUUUUGUAUUGAGGUGGUAGACUAAAUAAAGUGCUGGGACUGGAUCAGAGGUUAUAGUAGGUGGGGACAGCCGGGGAGAGCAUUCUGCUCAGGUAGGGUGGGAGCUUCCCAGAAAUGCUCUUAAACAGAAGGCUGGAAAGAUGAAGGGUGCGUCUGGAUUCCAGCGACAGCCAGUUUAGUUCUUUUAGCAUUUCAGAAUGGUGAGUCAUGUUAUUACAUUGUAACACAAAGCAGCAGAACGAGUUAUACAAUGUAUUAAGUUUAUUAAGGUGGGUUUGCAGUGCAGGUGCGUAUACUACAGCCCCAUAAUCAAUGAUUUGUAUCAGCAUUUGCUGUACAAUAAUUUCCUUUACUGCAAGGCUCAGUCAGGAUUUGUUUCUCUACAGGGCACCUAGUUUGGGAUAAAGUUUAGAUGCAAGUUUUUCUAUGUGGAGGCCAAAAGAUAGAUUGAGGUAUAACAACAUACCUAAGUAUUUGAAAGAGUAGACUGUGGUCAGUGUGCUAUUUAAUUUUGUUUUGAUGGUUAAGUGGGAAUUGUGUAAUUUGUGUAAUUUAGGUACAGUUCCAAAGAUCAUUGUGACAGUUUUGUAAAUGUUUAGGAAGAGUUUGCUUUUUGUGAUCGACUUUUCUACCUCUGUGAACUGGUCUUGGACAACAGCCUCAAGAUGUGGUAGAUUGGAUUUACUUGCAUAGAUUACGGUGUCGUCUGCGUACAUGUGUACAUUUGAGGAUUUGCAGACAUUAGGCAGAUCAUUUAUAAAUAAUGUGAAUAGUAGGGGGCCAAUAAUGGAACCUUGGGGAAAUGUUCAGGCCAAAUAUGUUCUUUGGGAAACUCUUUUCUACUUAUAUGAAUUUAAAGUAUUUCCUAAUAAAACCAUUAUCAUCAAUGGAAUAGAUUUGACCAAGGUACACAACAUUGUCACCAGGUAACUUUCUGGCACCAUUAUAUUGUAAAGUAUAACCUGAUACAUUAUUAUUAUGAAUACAUUUUACAUUAGCAAUGUAGUGAAAGAUAUACAAUAGAUACGUCAUUUAGAUAUGUAUCUAUUUAUUUGGGGUAAAUGCAAUGAUUUUGAUUUCACUUUCAGAAUAUUUCAGUGUCAGGCAAAAAAAAUCCACUGCAAUUUAUAGAUUCCCAUUCAAAGUAUAGAAUUUACACAAUUAUUAAACACUGGAAAUGUAUUGCACGAAGUUUGACCUAAUAAUAUGAGAUACAUUUCUAAAGUAAAUUCACCUGCAUUUUGCAGACAGAAAUACAAAAUGUUUGCCAUCUGGCAUCACAUACAGCCAAGGGGGGACGUAGAUGUAAAAACAAUAAAUUACAGGAACAAUUCAAGAACCUAAAGUCUAGGUCAAUGUGUCCCACUAUUGAGUGUUAUUAAAAUCAUUUGUGCCUAUAUAUUAAUUUUUUGUUAUGCUUACUUUAGUGUAUAAAAGAAACACUUUAAGCACCAUAACUGCUACACGGAGUUGUAGUGCUUAAGGUGUUUGAAUUCCCAUGGCACUCCCCCACUGUAAGCAGUGACCCAUUUUUUAAUGUUUGCCUUCUUUCCUGGUGUCUUCUUUGGAGCUCUCUGCUCUGAGCUAAGCCGGUGGUGUAGGGCUUAGCUCAUUAGCUGAUGCUCUCAGGGGUUUGUAAGAGAGCUAACAUAAACUCCUGUCUAGGUGUUUCACACUCUCUGGCAGAAGUAGUGCAGGUGAAAAUAGCACCUGUCUCAAUGCAGGUUAGAAGUUGAAGUGGUAUAUGCAGCAGUUGAGAUGUUUAGAAAUAUAUGUUUAUACAAUUCUCUGAGUUAAUUAACAAAUUUGUUACCAUAUUGUGAUGAUUACUUGGGAAUCUUUUGAUUAUGGUAGUUCCCCUGUAUGUUGAAUACAAUCAAACCUUCAACAAAUACAUAAAGUGUAAAUACUUUUUAAAUGUUAUACUACCUAUUAGUUGGAAAUGAGAAAUCGGUGCUGAAGGGUAGAUAAACUGAGUAUUUUAUUGAAUAGGGAGAUGAAUUACUAAUUAAGUUUCUUAUUAUAAACAUGUAUGAAUUUGUUCUAUCAUUUACCUUUUUUCAGCUAUGAUUUAAUUGUCUUUUUGCAUUUGAUUAGGUUGGAGAAACCUGGUACCCAACUGGUGAUGCCUGUACAUCAUACAAGUGUGAGGUGGCAGAUGGUCAGUUUUCCACUGUUGUAACUAAAGAGACCUGUGUAUAUGUUAGAGAAGAGGACUGUGAACCCGUAAGUAAUGUGGAGUAUGUUGUAAUAAUAUGGACAGAAAAAACUAUGAAGGGUUUUCGUUUUUUAUGAAGGCAUUGCUCAAAUAAUGGCUUUCAGAAUUAGAAAAUAAAUAUAUAAAAUGUGAAGAAUCUUGAAUGUGCUAUUAAGUUUGGGUUGAACUCUUUUCUAGAAGGUACCAUGUCAAUAUAUGCCGAAUUAAAGUAAAAUAUCAGUUUUGCUUUAUGUUGAAAAGGGUGUCAUUUAUUAAUUCCAUUCAGAAACUCUAUAUAAAGAUCUAUUAAUUAAUUAAUACACAAGGGGAUGGGUUUUCCAUGGUUUUAAAGUGCUCCACAUUGGCUUGAAACAACUGACUUUAUCAAAUUCAUCAUAUUACCCAGUCUAUUGUGUAGUAAAAUAUCAGUUCCAUCUAGAACUUCAGGGUGUUCUAUCAAGCUAAAUCCAAUAAAAUAAAUUAAUUAUGGCUGUGGUCUCAGGGUGGUAAGCAUGAGAGGGGCAGCAUGGUUGGUGGGGAGAGCCCAUUCUGUUGAGAGGGCCGCCUGUUGUAGUAGUGCAUGCAUUAGCCAGCCUGUGAAAGAAGGAGACUACAGACUUCUUAUUCACCUUCCUGGCAGGCUGCUGAGCCGCUGUAUGAAUCAGAGGAGAGUUGGCAGCAUGAGGGAUUGGGGCACAAAAAGAAGGAAAUGCAAGCAAAAGUAAAAGCCCUGGGGGUGGAGCCUAGCAUCUGAAGCGAACGGUCACAUGGCCGUGGAGCUCCGGACCGACAAGCAAAAUAAACAUUAUUACCAGCACUUAAACCCACGCCAAACUUCUCCCGGAACGACCCCAAGACUCCACAGGCACGAUGGGCAGAAAAAAUAAAAAAGCGAGACCCGACAAGUCCCGCCAGGGCAUGGAUAUCGGGGAAUUAUCGAGGCAGGCGCACGAUGCUGCAGGAGCCAAGAUGGCGUCCCUGCACGGCGGCUUCUCGGAUUUCACUGACGGAUCGUCGGACGAAGACAGGGAGACCCCAUGGGGUCCAUGCUGACCCAGUCACCAACACGGGCGCAGCCAUUCACAAAGCCUCAUACCCCUGUGACCAUGGAGGCGAUCGGAGCACUUAUGGCCGACCAUCAUAAGAAAAUUGCGGAUGAUGUGGCCCUGCUCAGAGAUGAUAUUAAAGGCAUCACCAACAGGCUGGGAGCAGUGGAAGCCUCCUCCACCGGCCACACCAACCAGAUUGCAGUCCUCCAAGACGCGAUUCGAGACCUGCAACAAAAGCUCGGCAACAUGAACAACAACUUGCCGCUCAUGAAGAUAAAAAUCGUCUGAAUAAUAUAAAGCUAAGGGGCGUGGCUGACACCGUCCCAGAGACCGAACUCCCACAUUUCAUCAGGAGAUUACUUACAGAGCUACUAACCCCAAAAGCAGUGAAAGCAACUGUGAUGAGACCAAUCUCGCCACAUUGCAUUGGAGAAGCCUGGUUGCUCACCUGCUGCCUUUGGACUAUGGCCCCAUGUUAAAAGACAUCUUUUUCCCUGCAGAAAAGACUUAUUCAUGCUUUUCUGCCAAGUGUUCGGUAGAUUAAAUCUACCGAACAACCCACGAAUGACUAGACCACCUGGGAGCUGGAGUGUGCCGGCAAUUAGCCUCCCAGAAGCUGCGGUUAACCGCAGCUUAAUUGAUGAAUACUGGGUGGCCGCCAUUUGUAUCACGAACACGAGGUCGCGGCCAUUUUAAACACGUGAACGCACAGCGCUGUUCGACACCUAACUCAUGGAACUAAAAACGGACACAGUUUGGCGCAAACACAACUGAAGCUGCCAACCUCCCUUCUUGUUCGGCAGGAGUGCACGAACGGCCCGGUGUUCGUAGUUUUACUUGACUAUGUUAUACCCCAGAUAGGAAUCCCAUGGAGCCCAUUCGCAUGAGAACUGACUGUGUAAAGACUUUGGCUCCCUGGCGAUUACACUGUAUUCGUGUGGUCUGAGCGCCAUUCGCUUAAUAAUGUGCGCUCAGACCUGAGCUAUCUGGGGACAUGUCAAAUGUAUAGUUUUAUUGUAACUUGUGUCAUACUGUGUAUUUUAAUAGUAAUUCUUAUUUUAGUAUCCCCACGUGCAUAAUGGCGAUUUGCCUUUGUCCUGGGAUAUAAUUGAAUUACUUCUCAAUUAUCUCCAGGGCAGAGGGGAGGAAGCCAGGAUGCAUUGUGGGAAUAUAAUGUGACUGUGUGUCCUGUUUGGCUGAUUGUCUGUCUUUUGUCAUAGUCUCCCAUUUGGUCCCCUAGGGGAGUGUCCACCACUAUCACUACUAUCACUACUUUAGAAGCUACCUACUGCAUGACCAAGCACUUUAUGUUAACUAACUUGUUUUUUUUAAACUGUUUUUCCUCACUAAACCAAAAAAUGUGCUACUACCUGCUAUGCCAUAAUGAAAAUCAGUCGUAACUGUUACUACUAAGCUUGUAGAUACUAUUGUGGCUAGACAAGUAUGCACUGUUAACCAAAGCACGAUAAAAUAAAGAAUAAAAAAAAAAAGUAAAAGCCCUACCCUCCCCUACACUACCCUGCCCUUUUUUAUUCUAUAUUCUAGCUAAGGGCCAGUGCCAGCCGCAUUGCCCAGCCCGGAGCACAGUCACUUGUGCCCACCAAGACCAGUUUGUAUGUGUGUCUGCAUGGGUCAGUAUGUGUGUCUGUAUUGGUCAGUGUGUGUGUGUGUCUGCAUGGGUCAGUGUGUUUGUGUGCAUUGGUCAGUGAGUGUGCAUGAGUCUUCACAAACCCCAAAGUUUUCAUUAAAAACAUUUAAAAAAAAACUAUAAAUUAAAUUUUGGGAGCAUGUGCUCCCAUAUUAGUAAACUAAUAUGUAUAUUAGUAAUGUGUAUUAUAAUAAUUUUGAUAUAUAUUUAUAAAUAUAUAGAGGAAACUGGCCUUGUGGCAGCAAGGAGUCCUUAUCUCAGCUCAAAUAUGCUCAAAUAGGCCAUCUCUAACUAAAUCAAUGCCAACACUGAGUAUAUAAAGGUUUCUAUUUUCAUAUAUUUUGCAGUAGGAAAUGUAGUUCAUAAAGCCUCACUUACCCUCAUGUAUUCUCUAGUUAUGAUUAUCCUGUAGAGGAUACAUUUUUCUGCCAGAUGCCACUCUUCAAUGAUAUAAUAAAUGUAAAUUUUGCUGAAAGUGACAGCAAACAGUACAGGACGUUUUACUGGAUAAUAUCAUUCCUACAGUCAUAGAGGAUUGAAUGAACUCAUUUCACAGUCAGCAUGACAUUAGCAGUCAAAAGAUUGCUAAAGCAGUUGUUACGGUACCUUCAGCAUAAAAUGUACAAACCGCCGUUUAGUGAAUGCUCCCCGUUCGCAAUAAUGUUGGCUAUAAGCGUAUCCAAUACAACCAUGCUGUAGCGGAGUAGCAAGGGUUAAUCCAAAUGCUCUCUGCUGGGAACAAAGAUUCAGCAUACAAAAUCACAGGAACACAGCAUAAUCCACCUCCCCAAGGACUAGACGACACAUAGUCUGGGAGUCAACUCACAGCUUUAUUCACAGGUCUGCUUUUAUGCAUUUCUCCCAUGCAAGGGAGGUAACUUACAGUACCCAAUCAUAUCGUGGUCAUCUCCCAUCCCUCUCCUCACCUUAGAUUAACAGUUAAACAGAUUAAUAGGUACAGAGUUUUCCCCCCUUUAUGGAUGUCCCCUAAAUACAGGGGGUACAAGGUUAAAUAAGGGGUCCCCUGGUAGGUCUGAUCUGGGUGAGCAACAUACUCAAAAUUCACCCAGAUCGGACCAGGGGUUCGGGAGUUACAGUUAUUGAAAGAUUUGACCGACCGCAUGGGCUCAGUAGCCGAAAACAGUUCCAUGAAUUCUGGCCCUGCGGUCGGUCUUUUCUAGUGAAUACAAAGUCCUGAACGGCUUAGGCAUCCAGGCAUCUGUUACCGUUCGUAUGAAUCCCCUCGUUCGUGGGAUUCCACCUACCGAACGCCGGGGCGUUCGUGUGUUUGGUUCGUACUUUUUGAGCAUGUAGGAGGUCUUAGCGGUACUUGGUUAGUCGAAUGCCCGGUUUGAGUUCCAGGCGUUCGACGACCAAGUACCGCUGUUCGUGCGUAAGAUGGCUGCCGCCACGUGUUUGGUAGGCGAAAUGGCGGCCACACACACUGGCACUUAAUUCCCUUCGCAACAUUGUAUCUUUUAGUUAAUGGGAGACCCACGACCACCCCGGGGUGGUCUCUCGUUCGGUAGUUUCGGGCAUUCGCAUACAGAACAGCAUGAAUAACAUUAUAGUCCGUUCGUGAAUUAGUCUCUGCUUUAGCACCCAUUCGCUUGUAAUAAUUCCACUGUUCAGUCGCACAGAAUAGUUAGUAUUUCAGUGGCAGGGUUUGCCACAAUGCUCCCCCAGAACCAAGCCGGCAUACACAGUCUGAUCCCAACGGAUCGGCUUGGGGAUGUCCGGGAGAGUGCUCACAGAUCAUUUCUCUAGCUCUGUCUGUCGGGACAACCCGUCAGCGUUACCAUUUUGCUUCCCCGGGCGAUACUGGAUGGUGAAAUCAAAGGGUUGUAGUGCCAAGCUCCAUCUUAACAGUCUAGCAUUGUCCCCUGACACCCGGUUUAGCCACACCAACGGGUUGUGAUCUGUGAGCAAGGCAAAUUGUUGUCCAUAUAAAUAGGGCUACAGUUUCUUGAGGGCCCACACCACCGCCAGGCAUUCCUUCUCAAUGGCGGCAUAGCUUACUUCCCUGGGUAGUAGUUUCCGGCUCAAGUAAGCGACUGGGUGUUCGCCGCCAUCGGCCCCAACCUGGCUCAGCACUGCUCCCAAUCCAAACAUAGAAGCGUCUGUAUGAACGAGAAAGUGUUUAGUUGGAUCGGGAGCGGCAAGUACAGGUGCAUGAAUUAGGGCAGUUUUCAGUUCUUGGAAUGCCUGCUCACACUCUGGGCUCCAGGUAACUAUUUUGGGCAGGUUCUUCUUGGUGAGGUCGGUAAGGGGCUUAGCUAGGGCACUAUAAUUGGGCACAAAUUUACGGUAAUAACCGGCAGUCCCUAAAAAGGCUAGGACCUGGGUUUUCGUGCGAGGGGUCGGCCAUUUAGCUAGGGCCUCUAUCUUGGCAGGUUCUGGUUUUUGCUGCCCACUUCCUACCCUGUGGCCCAAGUAUUGCACUUCAGCCAUCCCUACAUGGCAUUUGCUGGGUUUUAACAUUAGACCUGCCUCCCUGAUGCGAUCGAGGAUGGCUCCUAUAUGAGUUAAAUGCUCGUCCCAGGAGUUGCUAAAUAUCGCUAUAUCAUCUAAGUAGGCGCAGGCAUACUCCUGGGAUCCGUCCAGUAACCAAUCUACCAUCCUCUGAAAGGUAGCCGGCGCAUUCUUCAUCCCGAAUGGCAUUACCUUAAAUUGGAAUAGCCCACAUGGGGUGACGAAUGCGGACUUUGGGAUGGCAUCCUCAGCUAGUGGUAUCUGCCAGUACCCCUUGCACAAAUAUAUUGUGGUGAGGUAGCGCCCCCUGGCAACGCGGUCUAAUAGUUCGUCUACCCGGGGCAUCGGGUAGGCAUCAGUGGUGGUCCGCUCGUUGAGUCGCCUGUAGUCCACACAGAACCGGGUGGUCCCAUCCUUCUUAGGCACCAGGACUACAGGGGAGGCCCAAGGGCUGUCUGAGUGCUCGAUGAUACCAAGCCUGGUCAUCUCCUGUAUCUCCUUCCGCAUUCCUUCUCGGACUGCUUCAGGGAUACGGUAUGGGGGUUGUCGUAGGGGAUUCUGUCCGGGUGUCUCGACCUUGUGCACAGCUAAGGUAGUGUACCCGGGUUCUUGGGAAAACGUUGCCUGCUUCUCCCACAGAAGCUGUCUUGCCUGUACCUUCUCUGCGGGGCUUCACCGGUCCUCUAGCUGCACAAGACUAGUAAGGUCAGUCUGGGGAUCCUUUUCUAACAAGUCGGGUAAGGGUAAAUUCUCGGGGUCGUCGGCAGCCGGGGCACAUACUGCCGCAAUAUCCUCUGGUCUCUCCUGAUACUCCUUCAGCAUGUUCACAUGAAAGGAUCGCUGAAUCCUUUCAUCUGCACAGCUGGCUAUAAGAUAGGUAGUGUCACAUACCUGAGCUAACACUUUAUACGGGCCCUGCCAAGAUGCUUGCAUCUUGUUCGUCUUCACAGGCUUGAGCACUAGAACCUUCUGCCCAACCUGGAAGACCCGCUGUCGGGCACCCCGAUCGUACCACCUCUUCUGUCUCCCCUGGGCUGCCUGGAGAUUCUCCCUUACCAUCAGGGACAGUUUUUCCAUAUGGUACUAUGGGGGUCCCCUCUUGCUCUGUCUCCCAGUGCCCUCUAAUGAGAUCCAGGGGUCCGCGGACCCUUCUCCAAUAGAGUAACUCAAAGGGGGAGAACCCAGUAGAUUCCUGGGGCACCUCUCUGUAUGCAAAUAGCAGAUGAGGCAGGAAUCGCUCCCAGUCUCUGCAAGUGUCAGUAAAGGUCCUCAACAUCUGUUUGAGGGUACCAUUAAAUCGCUUGCAGAGACCGUUAGUCUGUGGAUGAUAAGGUGAGCUAAGCAGCGGUUUAAUGCCGCACACCUUCCACAGCUGCUGGGUAAGCACAGCGGUGAACUGAGUUCCCUGGUCGGAGAGGAUCUCCUGAGGGAACCCGACCCUAGUGAAAAUUUUGACCAGGGCAUUAGCAACCGUCUCUGCCUUUAUAUUAGACAGCGCUACUGCCUCUGGAUAACGUGUGGCAUAGUCCACCACGGUGAGAAUAUAUUUCUUACCGGAUGGACUAGCCCUGGCCAGUGGACCCACAAUGUCAACGGCUAUGCGGGAAAAGGGUUCUCCAAUGAUAGGCAUCGACUGAAGCCUAGCCUUUGGGUGACCCCCCCCGUUUACCUACCCGUUGACAUGUGUCACACGUGCUACAAUAAACCCGCACAUCUCGGUUAAAAUUAGGCCAGAAAAAGUUUUGGGUGAUUCUAUGAGCUGUGCGGCGGAAGCCUAGAUGGCCCGCUAAUUGCACAUCAUGCCCAAUCUCUUGCCAGUAUUUUGCAGGCACCACUAGCUGUCGAUUCUGCGGAGGGGUACUCAGUUUCUGGGACGGUUUAGGGAUCCUGUACAGCAUAUCCCCCACCCACUCGUAAUGCUCCCCAUCUACCCCUUCUCCCCCAGAAUCGGCCCUGGCUCUGUACUUCGCUAAAGUCGGGUCUUCCCUAGUUUCCUUCCCGUACAUCUCUGGGGUAUCCCAGCCUAAAGGGGCCUGGUCUAAGGUACAAGUCGGGGUAGAGAGUCUUACCUGGGUCUCAGCAGCAGGUGGGCCAGUCUCGGCGGCACGGGUCUGGGCACGGGUCGUGACAGCGUCCACUUCAACAAGGGGUGCCAAGUCAUUGCCAAGGAGGACAUCUGCUGGUAAGUCCUUCAUGACCCCCACAUUCACGUGUCUAGCACCCACUCCCCAGUCCAAAUGUACCCGGGCAACGGGUAGGCGAAACACGGCACCUCCGGCUACUCGCACUGCUACCGUGUCUCCAGUAUGUUGGGCCUCGGACACCAGGUGCUUCAGAAGCAAUGUCAUGGUUGCACCGGUAUCCCGUAGACCACUGACCUCCUUCCCGUUGACCUUAACACAUUGCCGGUGGUGCUGUCUGUUAUCCCGGUGGGCAGCUUGGACAGGGUCUGCCUCAUGCAGGAUGCCCCAGCAUUCCUAUUCCUCUACACAUUGAGCAGCCGGGAGAGGUGGUCGUGGAUUGCCGCCAGCUGGUUUCCUCCAGGACUGGGUCUGGUUGGCACUGUUCAUCGGGCACUCCGGUCGCUUGUGCCCUAGCUGCUUGCAUAAAAAGCACCUAAUGGGUUGCGAAUAGUCCUGUGAGUUGAACCGGGGUGGCUGUUGAUAAUGAGCAGACGGAGGGGGUGCUGACGGCCGGUUCAUCGGGGGCUGGUAGACGUUAGCUGCUGGUGGUGCUGCUGGCCGGUACUCCACUCUGGCAGGAGCCUUUCCAAUAGCACUGUCCAGUUUACGGGCAUCCGUGUAUUCGUCCGCCAGGCGAGCGGCAUCAUGCAGAGCGGAGGGCUUACGAUUUCAUACCCACUCUCUGACGCCUGGGGAUAAUUUGUCAAAACAAUGCUCCAACAGGAACAUUUGCAGCACCUCUUCCCCGGACACAGCCUGGCACCCCGCCAUCCAGUGGGCAGCUGUGCGGUGUACUUUGCAUGCCCAUUCAACAUAAGAGUCCCCAGCUGAUUUUACCAUGUCUCGGAAUUGCCUCCUGUAAGCUUCCCUGACGGCCCCAUAAUCCCCGAUCUCCUCAUCAGGAAUGGCCCGAAAAGCAUCGCUGGCUCGGCCGGAUAAUUUGCUGGACAAUAUAGUGACCCAGUCUUCCAGCGGUACCUUGUGCAGGGCACAUUGCCGCUCAAAAUCAGCAAGGUACCCAUCAAUCUCUCCUUUUGCCUCCACAAAAGGUUUAAAUGCAGUAAACGGCACUUUCUUUCUUUCCCCCGGGUUUGCUGUGACUGGGGCUGCUGCAGCACCGCUUUGGCGUAGCAGGUUGGCCUCCAAAGCGGCAAUGACCCGGUCAAUGGUCUCUAUAGUCGGGUUGGGACCAUAAUGGGCCAGCCUGAUUCUUAUCGCCCGGUCAAAGCUUGCCUCCUCGGGGGUUCUGUCAGCUGUGCUGGGUCCAUUGGUUCCCUCUGCCUCUGGUACUCCAUCCAUUUCCAACAACAGCGCAAUAAUUUCCCUCUUCCUGAGGUUACUGGCUUGUCUGCCUCUUUGUUCUAAAAAAAUCCUUUAGGGUAGCUCUUUUCAGUCUUUGAUAUUGUACAUCCAUUUAAUCCUGGUUGUAGUGGUCUCUCUGGGCGCUGAGGGUCAUCCCGUCGCUUGCCACCAGUUGUUACGGUACCUUCAGCAUAAAAUGUACAAACCGCCGUUUAGUGAAUGCUCCCGUUCGCAAUAAUGUUGGCUAUAAGCGUAUCCAAUACAACCAUGCCAAAUGCCAGCAAGGGAACCCUCCAAACUCCCGAACGGUAUCCGUACGGUCACUUCCCUCCACGAGCCUCAAGCUCACAAACCGCCAAUAUCAGCCAAACGCCGGUAUCUCCCAAGCGGCUGAUAAUUCCAAAUAGCAGUCUCUAGUCGCCGGUAAUAAAAUCCCCCCCAAUAACGAGACCAAGCUCCGCAUUGAGGGUAAAACACGAACUGAGUUUACUGUGGGCUACCCGCCAUAUUUAUGCAGGUCUCCCACUUGGUGGACACUCCCCUAGGGGACCAAAUGGGAGACUGGAAUAGCAGAUGGACAUAUGGCAUUUCAGGACAUACAGUCACACAAUAUUCCCAGCAUACAUCACAGUUUCCUCCCCUCUGCCUGGGAGAUAAUUGAGAAGUAAUUCAAUUAUCUCCCAGAGCAGAGGCAAAUCGCCAUUUUAAAUACAAAUCAUAAAACACAUAAAAAUAUAUAACUUUAUAACUGCCGAACAUUUCUCAUUCGUGUAACACAUCCCCAGAUAGCCUGGAUCUAGCGCUCAGAUCCCAUACGCAUAGUUCAAUCGCCAUGGAGUCAAAGUCUAUUACAGUUCUUCGGUAUGCGAUUGACUCCAUGGGAAGGCUAUCUGGGGUAAGUCCAUUCGUGCCUUUAAAUCUCCCGAACGGCCUGUGUUCGCACACUUCUGUCGAUUGGAGAAGGGAGGUCAACGGCAUCAGCAGUGAUCGGCUGAAAAAGUGUCCGUUUUCAGUUUCAUGAAUUUAGUACCGAACACCGCUGGUCUUUCGCAUGGUUUAAAAUGGCGGCCGCCUCGUGGUCGACAUAUGAACGACGACCACCCUGUAUUCGGUUUUAAUUGAGAAGUGUCUGUGGUUAACCGCAACGUUCUAAUUGGGAUCAAUAGGUUAACCAGCAGCACACUUCUCUUCUGGGUGGCCGUCCGUUCAACAGUUUUGUUUGGUAAAAAAGUCAGUUCACUUAAAUCCAGGCAUACGAAUGGGGGAGUUCGUGAAAUAAGCAAACAGACGAACCCAGCAAUCUUUGUUCAUACGGAUGGGUCUGUCACAGCAGUUUUAAGAAUUUCUAGGAUGAAAUAGUCCAUUAAGUUCAACCUUGAAGCCUGUUACAUAGCAAUUAUAUCCUUUAAUAUCCCGUUGAUGCAAAAAAGCAUCCAAGCCUUUCUUUUUUAAAUUAUCUAUAGAUUCUGAUAAGGCAACCUCUUUAGGCAGAUGAUUCCACAUCUUUAUUGUUAUUACUGUAAAGAACAAUUACCUUUAAUUUAGAAAUAUAUAGUUUAACUGUAUUUACUGUAUGUGGACAUUAUCCCUAAUUGCAGACAGGAUCCUUGUACAAACCUAUAAGCAAGUUAUUUGACCAAGUUUACUUAUAUAUUGUUGUCACACCAACUGUAUGUGGAAAAAAAUAAAUCAUUUUGGCUUUUAUACUGACAUUUCAAACCCUGUGUGAAAUAUUGCAAUUUAAAGGAUACUGUAUAAUGUCUAAAGCAAGGUUGCCAAAAGGUAUAUCCCCAUAUGUUUUAAAACUACAGCUUCUAUGAUGCUUUGUCAUUCUAAAGGCAUUCUAAAGAUAUGCAAAGCAUCAUGGGAGUUGUAGCUCUACAGUAACUGGAGAUCUACCUUUUUGGCAACCCUGGUAUGAAGCUGUUAAUUUUCCAUUUUUUUUUUUUUUAAGGACGAACAUAUAAGUGAAAACUAAACAUUGUGUAAAUUUACAUAUUUUUAAUAAUUGUUAUCCCAAAUCACUAUGCACAUUUAAAUAAUAGAUGUUUUUCUAAUGCCACCGCAGUAUCCUUUAAGGUGCAAGCUCACCUGCCAACAUCAAAGAAAACAUUGUAGUUAAGUCCUACACCUACAAUUCAUCUUGAUGAUUUCUGCUAAAAAAAACAAAACUAAAAAGUCAGAAAUGUGUCUUAUAAAGUCCUGAAAAGGAAUUAAGCCUAAAUAGGGCACACAUGGGGUGUGGCAGCUAUAAUCUAAUAUGGAUGUGCAAUAUGAAAGCAAAUAUAAACCCAGAAAGCAGUCCUGUGCUUAUAAUUCCACAUACCUCAGGUAGCAGAAUGAAAUGCGGUACAUUUUUCAAUAACCUAACAGUGACUGCUGUAUUUAUGUGGGUAUCAUCACAAUUACAGUGUUGUUCUUUAACUCCCAUUAAUCACUGCACAUAUGCUCUAUAGGUAGAGACAUGUUCACUGCUUAUGAAAACUGGGCAGGUCAAAGUUUGUUUUUUUAUCCCUUGAGAUAAUGUAUUUUGUUCCAUAAAUAUUAUUUACAAAAUAAAAUUCUAUAAAAUUUCCUUAGUGCAAUUUGAAUAUUCCUUUUCAUCACAAUGUAUAUAAUUUUCCUGUAAUUUACCCGCAGGGUGAAGAGUACACAACAUAUCCUGAUCAAUGCUGUGGACAUUGUGUGCAAACAGCCUGUGUAUUUAUUACUGCUAGUGGAGAAAUUAAGCUCCUGAUGGUAUGUUAGAAUCUUUCCUGUAUUUUUGCUGCUACUUCAAUGUGUUCUCAAAUGUAGUUAUUUGAUGUCAGUGAGGUUUUUUUUUUUUUUUUUAUGAAAUACAAACACAACAAAUCAAAUGGAUAUAUAAAGUCCAUUGGAUACAUUAGACAACAGCAUAAUGACAAAGAGAUCAUAGUGUGCUUUCAAAUAGUUACGGAUUUUAAGAUUUUAUGGAGGAGGCAUGUUGCUCAACCGUAAAACUAGGGAGUGAUAAGAUAUAGGAUAGGAAAGAAGAAGAACAGCCCACUGAAAGUGGUCUAUCACAGAUUUAAGGGAAAGGAGACACCCUUGAUAUUUUUGCAAAUACAUGGAUGGCUUUCCUUCCAGCACGGAUUUGAUUCACUGCUUGAAGGAGUGACUGAGCGUUCUUUAUAUAAUAAACCCAACAAUGUCUGUAGCAGAGCCCUAGUCCUAGUAGGGACUCUUUUCCGCUGGUUACUCCAAACUACACUCAGGAACAAGUAAAAUAAUCCAAGGAUCUCCCACCUACUACCCAGUAACUGGACGAAACUCAGCUCUGGGGGUAUAACUGAAUUUUAUUGUCACAUACAUGGUUUUUAUGCCCAGUCCCAUGGUAAGGGUUUCACAUGCAGAAAAUGCAGGGGUUUCAAUCCCAAGAUCCCUUGUUCCUGAGAGAUAAUUUACUUAUCUCUCAGGCACAAAAAAUCCACAAAAUAUCCUAUACCCCAAAAGUCCCCCAACCAUAUGUGGGAACCCCACAAAAAGCACAUUCUUUCUGAGAUCACUCAGAUUGGUUUGAUAGAACAGAAUUUUUGACCUUCCAGACACGAGGCGCUAGCCCAAAAUAGUUCCAGGGAAAUAUGAGCAAAAACCAUACAAGGGAAUCUCUCGCUUUUAGGGUACGAAUGCUUCCCCUGUUUGGUAGUUUAUAUCUCCUGAACGCUGCUCGUGUAGGUGGUCGGGAACAGGAAAGGGCAGCGAAAGAGUGCGAGUGCCUAGCCGAAAAUAGUUCCAAAUCUUAAAUUCUUAUUUAGGAUGAUAUCCUACACACUAUACUUGGUUUCAAACAAAGUUCACAUCAUCUGAAUUUGGGUGAUCGAUAAAUCGUCUUUAUUCUGCAACUCUGAAACUGAAAUUCCAUAUGUACAAAUUACAGAACAAAUGGAAUGAGCAGUGAAUGAGUUGCUUGAUUUGUUUCAUGAGUUUUGUCUGUGGUGCCAGAAAAAUGAAAAUAAAAUGGAGAAGAAACUAUUUUUGGUGGGGAGGCAAAUAAUCAGUUUAGUCUGCCAUAGAGGACAAGAGGUCUUCUCAUUGAUGUGGACUUUAACUCCAUUUAUCUUGACUGAUGGUUAGGGAACAGCCACUAACUGAUUAUUUUAUUCACAGAUCAAAUAGAUAAGUGACUAAUAGAAGGAAAGAAGAGUAGUAGUAAAACCAUCUACAUAUUUCCAAUCAUGAUACUUCCAGGUAGUUUGACUUCAGCAGUCGAGGAAGACUGACCAUCAGUGUGCUCAGUCUCCCUCAAUAGGUAAAGACAAGUGUGAGACAGUGCCAUUGCAUGUGCUUUGGAAAUUACAAUAUAAUGUGUGGCAGUUUACUGCACAGAUUAACUCAACCCCACGAGGCUCUCAGCACACAGGCAGAGCAUUGGACGGAAGCCUGCCUGAUGGCUUCCGAUGCUCUGCGUCACUGCCGGGCACCACGUGGAGCAACCCGGAAGUGAUCGCAUCGGGGAGUGAUAACCCAUUGGCCCAGUAGUCAGGGAGGCUAUUGCAGGAUGCUUCGACAUCUAGGCAUUGCUGCAAUACUCUUAGAGCAGUUCUAAGUGAUCACGAUCGCUUCCAGCACUCGUAUUUGCUGCAGACGUACAGGGUACGUCAGUGGUCAUUAACCACCGUUUUUUGUCUGAUGUACCAUGUGCAUCCGCGGUCACUGAGGGGUUAAACCACAUAGAGAUGUCACAGAAAACAUGAGCCACAAUAAUGUCAGUAUGGGACAGGUCAUGAAACCCAGAGCAUAAAAAAUUCCAAAUUAAAUUGCUGCUGAUGAUGUUGCUCCUUCUCCUUUAAAAUGUCUUUGUAGUGGUUUAGCCCUGCCAGGGGGAAUAUUAUGAUAUUACUAUGCCUGCUACCUCCGCAGAUGCAAAUUGCUCUAAAAUUGAAAUGUUUUUUUUCUAAAUUUCUAAAAGUAUUCUAAAAUCUGGGCAGCAUCCAUUUUACAUUCAUUGUGAAGCUGCAUUCUUAGUGAGCUGUCCAGGAGGUGGGAGGGUCUCGGAGGUAGGGUCUGCUGCUGAUUGGCUGGAAUGUGUCUGCUGACUGUGAGGUACAGGGUCAAAGUUUACUCAAUGAUGAGUCCGCGGCGAAAUUACUCUUGCUGCUUCUGCUCCCCUUUUAAAAUGCAGAUGCAAAUUACCUUCGAAUUCAAAUCUUUUUUCCUACAUUUCUAAAAGUAUUCUAAAAUGUUGUGGAGGUUGUGGUGGCUCAUUUUAGUGGUAUUGACUUGCCUAGCAGAGCCUUGCAGUGUGACAAUGCCUGCUAUCUCCACAAGUCCUCAAGCAUAAAUUGCCUUCAAAUUCAUAUCUUUCUUCUAAAUUUCUAGAAGUAUUCUAAAAUCUGUAAAUACAUUUUUUUAUAUUAUUUAAACUACUCCUGAUGAUAAUGCUUCCGCUGCCCCUUUUUUUUUCAAAUACCUUUUAUUGUAGUGGUUUCACCCUGGUUGACUGAGUAUUUUUACCAUACUGGACGGUCAUGGACUUAACAGACCCAUGUGGGAAAGCUUUGUUUUUUUUCAGGAUGGAAUAGGUGGGUGGGAUGUCAACUGCCUAUUCACUUUUUUGUUUUAUUAUUUUAUAACUUCAAACUAAAAUUACUUUCACUGCUUCCUUUCUUCAAUAAUAUGCAAGAUUGAAAAGGGGAAAACAAUCAUUAUAAAACGUAAAAUAAAAAUGUGACAAUUUAUCUUACUUAAUAUGUUUCUAUUAGAUAUAUAAUAAAAUAGUUAUGACAACUCACACUUGGCAUUGCAAAAAUGUCUGAUAUUGCCUAGCCGUUAGGGAAAACAUAGGGGUAGACAGAUACAUUCUUAAAUUACAUCUGUGGAUAAAAUCUCUCCACUGACAAGAUACUGCCCCUUCACUGCCGAGUGGCAGCAUGAGUUACUGUAUUCAACCAUAAUGUAAAAACAAGGUAAAACUUAUUGUAUGGUCAUCAAGUAUAAGUUCACCUCAUCGCCUUGUGAGUGUGUAUGGAUGUAGUAAAUAUAUCUGCCCUGUAUUUUUUAUUCCAGGAAAAUCAAACAUGGUCUUUAAAUAAUGAAACCUGCACUUCCUAUUCAUGUCAACGAUCACAAGGACAUUUAUCCACUGUUAUAAUGAUGACUAACUGUUUAUACCAGAGCGCAGAAGACUGUAAAUCUGUAAGUGAUAGCAUGCGUAUAUUAAUUAAUAACCAGAAAAUUUAAAGAGAUACAUUUAGAGGAAAAUGUGAAGCUCUAGAAAAUAGCUUAAAACAGAAUGCAGAUAGAUGCUUUUAAUGGACUUCCAGAAUUUAGGAGCCUCUUCAUUCUUACAUGGUAAUUCACUAAUGUAAAAAUUGCCAGAAAUUCAAAGUGAAUUUAAAAUUAAAUAGGAUUAUUUACUAAACACUAGAUUUUUUCCAGAAUCUGCUCCAUCUAAUCCAGGGGUGGGCAAUUGUUUUGGCUCGGGGGCCACUUUGUGGGAGCGGGGGGCCACACCUUUUAAAAUGAUUGCAUUCAUUAGUUAACUUUGAAUUUCAGAAAAGGUAUAAAAUGUAUCAUAAAAAUCAAUAAAUAUAAAUUAAAUAAAAUAGUGGUAGUUUUAUUCAAUUUAUUUAUUGUGCUAAUUUCAUAUCAUCUAUAGCUGCAAGCACAUUUAAUUUUAGAAUCAGUUUAAUGAAACAAAUGUAUCACACUUUUCUAAAAUAAAAUUUAAAUCAAGAGUGAGAUUGCUUGUUGAGAUUUUCAUCACAGCAUGCAAGUUAGUGUCUGUCAAAUAGCAUCUAUAUUUACUCUUGUUUAUCUUCAUGCAAGAAACACUUUGCUCACAAAUAUAUGUAGACCCAAAUAUAGAGAACGAUUUCCCAGCAAAUCUCUUCAUACAUGGAAAUGUUUCAGCUGACAAAGAUUUGUAAAAGUCAACUGUCACAGCAUUAAAGGGGAGUGAUGAGAGGGAGGGAGAGGUGGUGAUGUGGAGAGGGGGGUGAUGGGGAGAUGGGGUGAUGGUGAAAGGGAGAGGGAGGUGAUGGUGACAGGGAGAGGGAGGUGAUGGUGACAGGGAGAGGGAGGUGAUGGUGAGGAGGUUAUGGAGAGAGGGAGAGGGGGGUGAUGGUGAGAGGGAGGAGGUGAUGGUGGGAGGGGGUGAUUUGAGUGGGAGAGGGAGUGAUUUGAAAGGUGGGUGAUUGUGAGAGUGUGAGAGGGUGAGAGGGAGGGGGGUUAAUGGUGAGGGGGGUGAUGUUGAGGGAGGAGGGUUGAUGGUGGGUGGUGAUGCUGAGGGAGGGGGGUUUGAUGGGGAGACUACAUACCUUAAUUGGCUCCUUGGUGGUCCGGUGUGGGCUGCCUGGUGGUACGGUGUGCUCCCUCAUGGUCCGGUGGGCAUUACUUCCGGUCUGCAGCUCUGAGACCAUGAAUCUCGUGAGAUCCAAUCAGAGCAUUGCCGUGGUAACCUGCGGCAAUGCUCUGAUUGUCCAGUUCUUGGCAAGACACAUGGUCUGCAGCUCUCCGCACUGCGGAGCUGCAGACUGUUGUCUGCGAUGGUGGCCAGGCAGUAUCUAAUACUGAGCCAGCCGUCGGGCCCCCUCUUGGUGUCGGGUCCUCGGUCACUUACAGUCUGCCCUCAGAGAGCCGCCUCUGCUUGGCGGGCCACAAAAAACUCUGUGGCAGGCUGCAUAUGGCCCGCGGGCCACAAUUUGCCCACCCCUGAUCUAAACUAUUAAAAUCCUUUUUAUUUCCACAUUUUUCUUACUCCUUCAGGUAUUUUUUUUUUUUUUUACAGGCAGUGUCACAAAAUGUUAUUGAUUUAUUUUUAUUUUUACAUCCAGGGGGAAAGGUUUCAGAUCAUUUCUGGACAGUGUUGUGGGCAGUGUGUGAAACAUUCGUGCAUAGUAAAAACAUCCAGUGGAGAGACUAAAUUAUUGACGGUACUUUGCAUUUCCUUUUUUUCUGUGUAUCUAUUCAAACCUCAAAUUAAUAUUACUCUGGAACUUACAUCAUAUUCAUUGCAAAUCACCUUUUUUAAUAUAUGCUGCAUUAUUUUCAAUUAACUGUAUAUUAAUAAUUUAGCUUUUUUUUUUAGCAAAGAUCUAAAAGUAGAACAGUAAUCAGAGAUAAGCAUGGAUGUCCCUGCUGAUUGUUCAACUUUCAGAACUUUACCCUCAUAAUUGUUUAUACAUAACCUCCAUCCUUUUCUGUUUCUGUAUCUCUAUAUUCUAUGUUCAAUGACAGAAAAGGAAAGACAUUGUAAUAAUGAUUGACAAGGAACCAAGAUGGAUAUACUUCGAUGAUAGAGCUACUCAUGGCAGAGUGGAUUUAUACAUUCUAUUGUAUUUGUAAGACCUUAAAAAACAAAUAUUUGAUCAUUGCAAGUGAUAAAUUACCAUAAUAGUAAACAUCCUGGGAAGUAACAGUUAAACAUUUAUCUAUUACAAAAAGUAAGACUUAGAACAUAAUAGAGAAAAUAUGACCUGCUCAAGUAAUCAUGAGAUAAAUAGACCAUUCCUUCCUCCUUUAUAUGGGCCACAGAUUUUCCUUCAGCAGUGCUUUGUAAUCAGUAUACAUGCCAUCUUAUAUACUUUGUGAGGUGAGUAGAGCAGCAUGUAUUUUUCUUUUUAAAUAUAUAUUUAUGUCUGUUUUUUUUUUUAAUUUUUCUAGGCUGGGGAACUCUGGUAUCCAAGUGAUGACAUCUGCACUUCCUACACAUGUUCAAAAUCAGACGGUCGGUUUGACAUUGUCAAAGAAACAGAAACAUGCACUCAUAAAAGUCCAGAGGAUUGUUCACCUGUAAGCUAACAAAAACUCGCAAUAAAAUAUUGCUAAAUAAAUUGAGUUUUACAUUUGAUAUGAUGUACCUUCAGCUAGAUUAUAAUGCAAAAGCAUUGAUUAACUACAAUUCCCCCGGGAGAAGAACUCACAAUUAGGUUUCCAUAUUGUUUUAAUAGGUCCCUACAGGUAACUUAUCACAGCAAAUUAGGUUUUAAUAGUAACAUUGCCUUCUUCAGUGCAGUGAAGACCUGGUUGACUAAGAAAACUCUAAUUGAGGAUCUUUUCUUUAACAUGCUUUAGCUUAUAUUAUGUUACAGUUGGAAAAUAGAUCUCCAAGGCAAUUUUAUACUUGAAGAAAAGGUUGUCCACAUCUAUGUAUGCACAUUGAGUUCCUUUCAGAAACAUUAUAUAUUAAAGCACUGAUUGACAGCAUCUGCUCCAUAGCUAUUGUAUUAUGUGUAACAAGCAAGUAUUGUAUGAGUAUUAUAAUUAUUAAUCUUUCUUCAUUAAAAUUGAUAUUUAUCUUAUCUCUAUUAACAAAAGCUUUUGUCUCCAAUGUUAUUAUUAAGAUUGGCAAAAUUACCCAAAAAAAUAGUUUUUUUUUUUUCUCAUAUAUACAUAUACAUUAGUCAUGUGCGAUGAAAUGUGCCAAGUAAAAUAUGUUAGGAGGUAACGGUCUCUGUAUUUUGUUUUUAGGGUACUGAGUUUAGGAAACCAGCUGGACAGUGCUGUGGAAUGUGUGUACCAACAAAAUGUUAUGUUACUACAGCCACUGGAGAAACUAAGUUACUGAUGGUAUGAUAGCACUUACCUUUGAUGCCUUUGCUACUUUUUUCAUUAAUAUUGUUAUUAGCUAGUACUGUGUUUAUUUUGUUUAUUAGAAAAGGGAUAAACAGAAAGGCUGUAAAACACAAGACAAAAACAAUGGCAAUUUAAAAUAAAAUAAAAGAACAACGGCAUCAUUAAAGCACAUCCUAUUUGACAUUUCCUUAACGUAAUCAGAUUGAGUUCCAAAUGGGUGGUGAGAUUUGAGACAAAGCUUAUGAAAAUGAAUGGAGAAAGGAGGGUGUCCUUAAAGGGAUCCUAUAGUGACAGGAAACCAAAGCUGUUUUCCUGGCACUAUAGGGUUAAUAGGUCCCCCCCCUUAUUCAAUGCUGGAGGUCCUUGAGGAUGUCUAGCGUUAGAUAAUGGACCAAAAGUCACUUUGGAUUUCGGAAGCCCUCUAGUGGCUGUCUGAUAGACAGCCACAGAGGGCAGACUUGGAACUGCAAUGUUUUACAUUGCAGCACUAAGUGCAGCACCCAGACUAUUUCAAUGAGAUGAAGUUGCUUGGGUGCCUACAGUGUCCCUUUAAACACCAAGACACAGUUUCAGACUUGCCAAAGAUUUAAUUAUGUCAGCUUACCUAUUCAUGUAACACAUAUGCACUUGUAUGGCACUAGAAUGCAACCAUUCAUAAAAAAGGAUUAUGAUAAUACAAAAUAAGGAUGUCAUCUUUGCCCAUAGUAGGAAAAAUUACAAUGGUGUAUGUCAUAUCAAACAACGGGGAUGUGAAGACAAUUCAUACUAGAGAUGGGGUCAGUGCAGGGCUCAGUCCAAGUUAAAAGGAAGAGAAAAUGAGAAGAGAAAGUAAUCAAAGGAAAGAGGAGAUGAAAUAAAGGAAGUAGGGAGAAUCUGUAUAAGCUAUUUUUUAAGAAUACAAGUGCAAUGACUAGAAUACACAGAUAAUUGGUGGCAUUACAAGUGAUGAAAGGUGAACCCUUGUAUGAAAUAUAAUGCAUAUGUGCAUUUGCACAAGAUGUCCAAAUGUUAUAAAACAUUACCUUAUUCUUUAAUUUGUCAAUCCACUCUUUUGAGUUUCAGGUGUCACAACCCAAGUAUGACACUGAGCUUAAUUCUAUCACUUGAACUGUUAGAAUUUAGUAUAUGUUGUGAUUCAAAUCAAUGACACUUUUAAAUGAAAAUUAUGAUUCCCCUUAGUGAGCUUCAAAAGAGGUGGGAUCUGUGCAUUUUCCUGCACAGUUGUCAAUUCUCAUAGAUUGUAAAUCCAUUUGAAUGGGGCCUUCUUCACCUUAUUAUAUGUCAACAUUAUUCUGGUUUGCCAAAUACAUGUUGUUAAAUAAUCCCACUGUAUAAUUAGAAAGUUCUGUGGAAAAUGUUGGCACUGUAUACUGUUGUCUACUUGUGAUUCAUCAUUGUCCUCCUAUGACCAGGACUUGCUCAAGAAAUUAUGCUGCCUGGAUCUCAAGAUGAAAUUGUACCCUCCCCACACACAAAAUCAACAUCCUUCAGGACAUAUCUACAUAUCAUAUAUGUCCUGAACAUCCUUCAGGACAUAUCUACACAAAGGACCACUGGAAUUAUUGCAUUACACUAAAAAAGGAAGUGUUCUGCCCUCAGUUGAUAGUGCACUAACUCUGUUCCCUCUCAUAUUGUAACGAGAAUAUACCCCUACACGCAGGAUCCAGCUAAACAGAGGCAAAUACAGAGGAGAGAUACGUCUACCGGACCUUAGAAUGGCCGGACUCGACGUAUAUGAGAGGAGACAGAGCCAGGAACAAACCGAGGUCAAGGGCACAGAGAGACAGCGUAAACUAGGACAAGCCGGGGUCUGGUACACGGAAAACAGCAAGCCGGCAAACAGUACAGAUAAGGAUAAAGCGAAAACGAAGUCAGAAUACGAAGCCAAAGUCAAUACGAGAAAACACAACUGAACACCACAAGCGCUAAAGGGAACUGAAACAGAAACCACGAUAGGGCAACGAGCUAAGGGAAAAAGGUAAGUUUAAAUAGCUUUUAAACGAAAGUGAUUGGCUCCUGUCACUUCCACACCCCCAAAAGGUAAUUGUAUAGGGAGUGUGGUAUGACAGGAGCCAAUGGGAGCCUUUUGGCAAUUAGGCUCCCACUGUCUCUUUAAGAGCGCGCCCGAGACUCGCGGCGCGCUCUUAGUUUCAGGCGGGACACGUGACCGCUUCACGCGGUCACUGCCCGCCUUCCAUCUAAAGCAGUCGGAUGAGCCGCGCGCGGCUCGUGCAGCCGCAGGACCGCGCGUGGCUUGAAGAGAGGACCGCGACCGGCCCCCGGUUAAGGUAAAUAACGCUACAGUACCCCCCCUGAGGACACGCCCUCCAGGCGGGUAGGACCAGGCCUGGCAGGAAAACGAGAAUGGAAAGAGUGCACCAGACGGGGAGCAUGAACAGCAUCAGCUGAAAUCCAACUGCGCUCCUCAGGCCCAUAACCCUUCCAAUAUACCAAGUACUGAAGUCGACCCCUAAGAAAACGAGAGUCAAGAACAGCAGACACUUCGAACUCCUCAUGACCCUCCACUGACAUAGGAGGGGAAGGAGGAGUAUGCCGGGUAUAGCGGUUGCGUACGUAAGGUUUCAACAAUGAGGUGUGAAAUACAUUAGGAAUACGUAGAUUCUUAGGCAGGCCUAAGGCAUAAGAAACAGGAUUAACCUUAUGUAUAAUACGAUAAGGUCCAAUGAAGCGGGGAGCCAAUUUCAUAGAAGGCACCCGGAGACGAAUAUUCCGUGUGGAAAGCAAAACCCUGUCCCCCACAACAUAGGACGGAGCUGCUCUGCGAUGCUUGUCAGCCUGAGCCUUCUGGCGAGUAGCAGAGUCCACCAAAGAACGCUGAACCUGCUCCCAAGUAUUACGCAAACCAGCCAAAUGCUCAUCCAGAACUGGCAUGCCCUGUGAGGAGAAUGCAGCCGGAAGAACAACGGGAUGCUGGCCAUAGACAACGUAAAAAGGGCUCUUGCCGGAAGAAUCAUGAGUGGCGUUAUUCCGAGCAAAUUCAGCCCAAGGAAGCAGGUCAGACCAAUUGUCCUGAUGGUGAGACACAAAACAACGGAGGUAUUGCUCCAGAGACUGGUUGGCACGUUCAGCAGCCCCAUUAGACUGGGGAUGAUAAGCGGAAGAAAAUGAGAGAGAAAUACCCAUUUCUGAACAAAAGGCCCUCCAGAACCUGGAAAUAAAUUGGCUACCCCUAUCGGAUACAAUAGAUACGGGAAUCCCAUGUAAUCGAAAUACUUCUCUAGCGAAGAUAUGAGCCAGUUCCUUGGAUGUGGGCAACUUGUGAAGAGACACGAAGUGAGCCAUUUUGGAGAACCGAUCCACUAUCAUCAGGAUUACUGUGUUACCAUUUGAAGGGGGUAAUUCAACAAUAAAAUCCAUGGACAGGUUAGACCAAGGUCUCUCGGGAACGGGUAACGGAUGCAACAGCCCACAAGGAACUCUACGGGAGGAUUUCAUACAGGCACAAGUAGUACAAGCACUUAUAUAGUCAGUGACAUCCUUUCGUAAGGAAUCCCACCAAAAAUACCGAGAAACAGCUGACACCGUUUUGGAAAUACCAGGAUGUCCAGCAGUCUUAGUAUCAUGAUAUAAUGACAUAAUAUCCGUCUCUCGGAAACAUCAACGAACAGUUUAUCAUUAGGCCUCUCGCUAGGUGCCAUGCUUUGUUUCGCUUGUAUGGCCUGCAAGAGGGACGAGGAAAUAGACAAAAUAGUAGUAGCUAUUAUCCUGUCUGGGGGAAUGACAGGAGUAACAUCAAUCUCCUGUUUGUCAGUAGUUUCGAACUGUCUGGACAGAGCGUCUGCUUUAGUGUUGCGAUCACCUGGCCUAUAGGUGAUAAUAAAAUUGAAACGGGACAAAAAUAGUGACCACCUAGCCUGCCUGGAAGACAAUCUUUUGGCUUCGCUAAGGUAGGAUAGGUUCUUGUGAUCCGUAAAAAUGAGGAUAGGAUCCUUAGUUCCUUCUAACAAAUGUCUCCACUCUUUAAGUGCUAAAAUAAUAGCAAGGAGUUCGCGAUUACCCACAUCGUAAUUUUUCUCUGCUUUGGACAUUUGUUUAGAAAAGAAGCCGCAUGGAUGCAAUGGCUUUUCAGGCGACUCUCUUUGGGAUAAGACAGCACCUACCCCAAUAUCCGAAGCAUCAACUUCAAGAAUAUAGGGCAGUGAGGGGACAGGAUGCUGUAAAAUAGGUGCAGAGGCGAACGUAGUUUUAAGAAAUUCAAAGCCUGAAGUGCCUCGGUAGACCAAACACGAGUAUUGCCAUCCUUUUUAGUCAUACGGGUAAUAGGUGCUACAAUGGACGAGAAACCUUUGAUAAAACGUCUAUAAUAAUUGGAGAACCCAAGAAAACGCUGAAUAGCUUUCAGACCUUGCGGUAGAGGCCAUUCUAUUACAGCAGCAAGCUUCUGGGGAUCCAUACGAAAACCUUUAGCGGAAAUCAAAUACCCCAAGAACUGGACUUCGGUUUGGUCAAACAGACAUUUUUCUAGCUUGCAAUAAAGACCAUUAGCAAGAAGGGUCUUCAAAACUGUCGUAACAUGUCUGUGAUGAGUGUGUAUAUCUGUAGAAUAUAUUAAAAUGUCGUCCAAGUAUACGAUAACAAAUGUGUGAAUAAAAUCUCUUAAGACAUCAUUAAUAAAUUCUUGGAAUACUGCUGGGGCAUUGCAAAGCCCAAAUGGCAUAACAGUAUAUUCGUAAUGACCGGAUCUAGUGUUGAAUGCAGUCUUCCAUUCGUGAUUUUCCUUUAUACGUAUCAAAUUGUAUGCACUCCUAAGGUCUAAUUUAGUGAACACAGUGGCAUGUUUCAGCCUGUCAAAUAAUUCUGUAAUUAAAGGUAUAGGGUAUGCAUUUUUGAUAGUGAUUUUGUUUAGACCUCUAUAAUCUAUACACGGUCUUAAAUCACCUUCUUUCUUCGAUACAAAGAAGAACCCUGCUCCAGCUGGAGAAGAGGAUCUCCUAAUAAACCCCUUUUCUAGUGAUUCCUUAAUAUACUCCUCCAUGACACGGUUUUCUUGAACCGAUAAGGGGUACACCCUGCCCUUUGGAGGUAUAGUGCCAGGCAACAAGUCAAUAGCGCAAUCAUAGGGUCUGUGAGGCGGUAAUUUCUCAGCCUCCCUUUUAUCGAAAACAGUCUUUAGAGAUAAAUACUGAGGGGGUAUAACCGUAGACAAAGGAGGACUGGUAGGUACCUCAAUAGAAUUCAAAGGUGUGACUUCAACGUACAAGACUCGUGGCAGGCCUCACUCCAUGAUUUUAUUUGCCCUGUCUCCCAGUCAAAAAUGGGAUUGUGAGCACGUAACCAUGGAUACCCUAAUACUAACUGUGAAGAGGGAGAGGUGAUGACCUGGAAUCGAAUGGUUUCAUAGUGUAAAACCCCUGUGUACAUGUGUAAUGGUACAGUCUCAUGAGUAACAACUGGAGAACUUAAUGGUCUACCAUCUAUGGCCUCAACGGCCAAGGGUAUCUCCUUCUCUCUGAUGGGAAUGUUGUUUCUCUUUAUAAAGCCAGAGUCUAUAAAAUUUUCAGCUGCCCCAGAGUCAACCAGAGCAUAUAUGUUGUCAACUAUACAAAUCUCUCCCAUAUAUAAAGAAACCGGGAGAAGCAAGCGGUUAGGAGGCAAUUUAGGAGACUUAGAUAUCACACCCAAGGCCAGUCCCCUAUAAGGUCUUAGGUGCGAGAGUUUUCCGGGAGUAAAGGACAUUCCUUUACCAUAUGGUCUCUCCUACCACAGUAUAGGCAGAGUCCCUCCCUUCUCCUAUGUAAUUUCUCAGUAUCAGAGAGUUUGGCAACCCCUAAUUGCAUAGGUUCCUCCUCAGACACUUUAACACUCUCUGGUAUAUUAACUCUGGGGUUAAUGGGUGUAACAAAACGUCUAUUCCUGUUCUUGGUAUAGAGCCUGUCACGAAUUCUAUUAUCUAUAUCAAUGAGGUAAUCGAUAAGGUCCUCUAAGGCAAUAGGAAGCUCCUUAGCUGCUACCUCAUCCAAUAUCGUAUCUGACAAACCUUCCAUAAAGGCAGUAGUUAACCCAUUGUUGGUCCAAUCUACCUGCGAAGCAAGAGUGCGAAACUGAAUAGCAUAAUCAGCCACAGACCUAGAACCCUGUUUAAUUCUCAUUAAUGCUCUCGCGGCAUUCUUUGACCUUUUCAUUGUGUCAAAAGUUCUACGAAAAGCCGUAAGAAAACUGUUGAAAUCAUGCACCAUAGGUCCAUUAGCUUCCCAAAUAGGAUUUGCCCACUCAAGUGCCUUAUCGGUAAGUUGGUGCAUAAAGAACCCAACCUUAGACCUCUCUGUGGGAAAUGAGCGUGGAUACAUUUCGAAGUGGAAUUCAAUUUGAUUAAUAAACCCUCUGCAAGUCUUAGAGUCCCCUCCAUACCUAGGAGGAGGUGUUAAAUGGGCCGAAGUAUUAGGCAAAGUAGAUACUUCAGGGAGAAGGGGCGGAGGAGGGUUAGGUGUGGUUGCUGGAACGGUUCUAGCUAGGAGCGUCUGGAGAGCCUGAGCUCUGAUCCAUACGGUGAUCCUGCUCUACAAAUCUUGCCUCAUGGGACGCCAUCUGUUGAGCUAAAUCUGCGGGGUCCAUGGCCCUAUCGUAAUGUAACGAGAAUAUACCCCUACACGCAGGAUCCAGCUAAACAGAGGCAAAUACAGAGGAGAGAUACGUCUACCGGACCUUAGAAUGGCCGGACUCGACGUAUAUGAGAGAGACAGAGCCAGGAACAAACCGAGGUCAAGGGCACAGAGAGACAGCGUAAACUAGGACAAGCCGGGGUCUGGUACACGGAAAACAGCAAGCCGGCAAACAGUACAGAUAAGGAUAAAGCGAAAACGAAGUCAGAAUACGAAGCCAAAGUCAAUACGAGAAAACACAACUGAACACCACAAGCGCUAAAGGGAACUGAAACAGAAACCACGAUAGGGCAACGAGCUAAGGGAAAAAGGUAAGUUUAAAUAGCUUUUAAACGAAAGUGAUUGGCUCCUGUCACUUCCACACCCCCCAUAGGUAAUUGUAUAGGGAGUGUGGCAUGACAGGAGCCAAUGGGAGCCUUUUGGCAAUUAGGCUCCCACUGUCUCUUUAAGAGCGCGCCCGAGACUCUAGGCGCGCUCUUAGUUUCAGGCGGGACACGUGACCGCUUCACGCGGUCACUGCCCGCCUUCCAUCCAAAGCAGUCGGAUGAGCCGCGCGCGGCUAGUGCAGCCGCAGGACCGCGCGCGGCUUGAAGAGAGGACCGUGACCGGCCCCCGGUUAAGGUAAGUAACGCUACACAUAUUACGUGUAGGACUUCAUAUAGAAUCAUCUAUCCACAGCACUAACACAGUUUUUGUAUAUCCUCGUUACAGUUCCCCAACACUAAUACAGUUACAACCAUCUACAAAUUUAACUAUACACAGCAGAUGACUUCUGAUGUCCAUUUUGGAGUCAGGAAGGAAUUGUUUACCAUUUUGUGACAAAGAUGUAAAUUACUGCAAAUUGGCAUUUUCCUUUAUUUUCAGUUAAAAGGAGAACCAGGGAUCUGUGAAAGGUUGCAUUUGAUUGAUAUGAGUCUUUUUUUCAAUCUAUAUAAAUUUGCAAUUAUGUAGCCAGGUAGAAUUUCCUCAUUGGGAAUACAUUUCCACCUAUUCCCACCUCCCAUUCCCAAGAACUGUUUCUUCAUCCCUACUUUAGUCCUUACCUCCCUUUACAAAUCUUUCCCCAAUCUUUCCUUGCAGUUAGUUAAUGUUUUUUCCAUGUCUGCAGCUUUCCUCCACUCCACAUAGACUGUUUCACAUCUCCACUGUCUGGUCAGUCUUCUUAUUGCACAUGUGAGCAUAAGUCAAUAUGAAUGAAAUUGUCUUUACCAAUCUACAUUUCCUUUCUGGUAUAUUUGAUUUAUGCUGACAUCAAUUAUCAUUUACAUUACUUACUAAAAAGAGGUAAGCCAGGUUUGCAUCUACUAUGAAUUUUGAAAAAUGCAUUGAAUAUGAGAAUGAGAAUAUGAUAUGUCAGAGAAUGAUAUAUAACUAAUGUAUAAUACAUUAAAUUCUCAUAAAAUUAUUAGAAUAAUUGCUUAAAUUAUCUUUUUAAUUUUUUUUUUUUUAAGGUAACUGAAAUAUGGACUCCUGUUAACGAAACCUGCACAUCUUAUCAAUGCACACGAGUGCAGGGUCAAUUUAUUACUGUUAUUACGAAUCAGAUCUGUCAAAAGCAGAAUGCAAACGACUGUGGAACUGUAAGUUUUCAAGUAACAUUAUCUAUACUUAUGGAAAUACUUCAAAAGUACUUCACUUCUAGAGAGGUGUAAAUGUUACUUGCCACUGCAAGCCUCAAGAGUCCAUGGUACAAUCACCAGGGCUUAAUUGUCACUUGCCAAUCGUUAGUGGACGAGUAGAUAUUUUGAGCCCGAAAUGAUGCUAUAAUGUUAGUUUCAAUACUUUCUGUAACCAUAGCCUAUUCAAACAGGGCUCAAACUUUCGAGCAUACUUAAAAUGAACUUUCCACCUUGAGUAAAAAAUGUGAUGCACAUCAUAUGUACUGCAGAGAAUAUAAAAAAAAUCAGAGAUGUAUUGUUUUGAGUGUUGGAUAUGUAUGUUAAUGUAGAGUUUUAUUUGUGUAGAGCUUAUUCAUUCAGAGGUUUAUACAUAUUCAUGAUUGUGUUUCUAUGACAGUGUAAUGCAUAGAUAAACCUAUGUGUCUGGAUUUACAGCAUGUGAAUGGAGGGGUGUAUGUAGAUGUGUGCCUAGGUGUUCUCUUUGCCUCUGACCUCUCCUUCACCACUCAUGCUCAGUCGAUCGCCAAACCCUGCCGCUUCCAUCUCAAAAACAUAGCUCGCAUCCGCCCCUUCUUAACACCAGACGCAGCUAAGGUGCUGGUCCAUGCCAUUGUUCUUUCUCGCCUUGACUAUUGCAAUCCCCUUCUCAGUGGUCUUACGUGUUCCAAGACUGCACUGCUGCACUCCAUAAUGAAUGCGGCGGAGUGGCUCAUUUUCCUGUCCGCCCGCACCCCCAUCAUGCCCUACAUUGGCUUCCAUUUAGAUAUUGCGCUCAAUUUAAGAUUCUGGUGCUUGCUUACAAGUCCCUACAUAAUGCUGCUCCAACCUCCCUAAUACACAAGUACUUCCCGUCGAGGCCCCUGCACUCUGCCAAAGACCUACGUCUAUCCUCUGUCUGUACUGCCACAUCUGAUGCUCGCCUCCAAUACUUCUCCAGUGCUGCACCUUUUCUGUGGAAUUCCCUUUUCUGUUAGACUUUCACCCAGUCUCCACUCCUUCAAAAAAUCUUUGAAAAAACACUUCUUUAGGAAAGUAUAUAAUUUAAAUUGUUAGCGGGUUUUGAUUCACCCCUCCCACCCCCUUCCCAUGACUCCUCUUCUGCAACUGUCAAAAUUAAGUUCUCAGUAAAUACUUUUUUAGCAUUCUUUUCUAGCAACCUAGACAAAGGGUAUACCCUUUAUGUCACUACACCCCACUCCUUCUAGCAUGUAAGCUCAUUGAGCAGGGCACUCAACCCUUCUGUUCCUGUGUGUCCAUUUGUCUGGUUACAAUUACAUGUCUGUUAGUCCACCCAUUGUACAGCAUUACGGAAUUUGCUGGUGCUAUAUAAAUAAUAAAAUAAUAAUAAUGUGCAAAGCGAGAGUGUGUAAAGGCAGAGGUAUAGCUAUGUGUAUGGAAUGAAAGUGUGUGCACUUUCACUCACAUUAAUAAAUAAUUUUCCACUCCCUAGGCAUUUCACUUUCAUCACCUCCACUUUCCCAUUAUCACAAUCCUUCAUACUUCUCUUACUCUGCAUCCAAACCAUGUCCCUUACUGUCCACAUAAAAGUCCCACUUUACUCCUUAUCCAUGUCCCUUACUCCCCCUGCUCAUGUCCCCUCUCCUUCUAUUCAUGUCUCCUAAAUUCUCACUUCCCCUACCCCGGUGCAAUCCACGUAUAAUAAAAAAAAUCCAAAAAAUAAGAGUGCACUUAAACGGAUUUUGAUGAAAAAAAUGGUGUAAUGUAUUGCAUACAAGCAAAAGUGUAAAAGGUCAACGUUUCGACCCCUCUAUGGGUCUUUCUAAAGAUAACACAACUUUUCCUAAGUUGUGUUUCAUAGCUGUUGUAUACAGCAAACACAGACUCAAAGGAAUCCAUGUUUAAAAUGGAAUGAGGCAAAAAUGUGAUUCUUUGUUAAACUAAUUUGCAUAUGCACACCUAGAAUACUUUGUGGUAGUGACAUCACUACAGAUCUGUGAUUUCUGUAGGAAAACCAAGUCGUAUGGUUUGACUGAUGUGCAGAUUUGUGUUUAGCAUUGUAUUAACUAUCCACAGACUUCAGGUGGAAGGGGUUUUCAAUCACAUUUUUUUUUCCCACCAUAACCUUUUUGGUUUUUGCUUCCACAGGCACUAUCAAGCCUCAAUAAGCAAACCUCAUGCUGAUGAUUUGCAUUAACAAUGAAACAGCUGUCCAUGAGUGGUUCACUAGCUUUGCAUCUUUUCCUAAGUUGUGUUUCAAAGCUGUUGUAUACAGUAAACACAGACUCAAAGAAAUCCAUGUUUAAAAUGGAAUGAGGCACAAAUGUGAUUCUUUGUUAAACUGAUUUGCAUAUGCCUACCCAGAUUCUUUUGUGGUCAUAACAUCACUGCAGAUUUGGGAUUUCUGUGGGAAAAGCAAGUCUUAUGGCUUGACUGAUGUGCAGAUUUUUGUUUAACAUUGUAUUAACCAUAUAUAUAUAUGGAUCUUGAAAAAGACCCGGCAGGGUCGAAACGUCGAUUGAUUUUUUUGUACAUCACAGAUGAUUUAUUAAAGCACCAGUUUUCCUAUUAACCAGAAGACCUGUGAGUGCAUUUUGAUCUUUAUUUUUGUUUAUAUAUAUAUAUAUAUAUAUAUAUAUAUAUACAUAUAUAUAUAUAUGUAACAAAAUGCACUUAAACCGACAUCUUAUAUAUAUCUACCUAUCUAUAUAUACAUAAAUACAAAUAAUUGUAAAUAUAUAAAUAUAUAUAUAUAUAUAUAUGUAUCAAUAAAUAAUAACAAUAAAUUAUUACAUAAGUAUACACGAAGAAUUUAAAUACAUAUAUAUGUAUAUAUAUUAAAAUUAUAUGUGUAUAUUUAUAUAAUCUUUAAACAUAAUUAUGUGAUUUUAAUAAUGAAAAUUUGAGGGACAUGCAUGACAACCCAGGCAGAAAGUCCAGAGAAUUUGGUCCGCAAAAUACAGGAUGUUGGCGAUGGGGCCAAGUAUAUCCAGUAACUAGUUAGUCUUUUUGAUCCCUUUCCAUGGGUCAUGUCCCAUCUGGGACAUAAAGAUGACCACCAUCUGGUCAAACACAGGGUAAAUGUAAUUUUAUCUGUCAGCAUGGGUCGUGGGCAUUCUGCCCUAAGACGUGCUCAUACCACUCGAUCUAAUGGAUUGCACAUCCAGAAGUGGAUGAACUUGGCUAGGUGGUUAGGCAGGUUCCAUUCUGAGGACCAUAGAUGGCAAAUGGUCCAUGGGUUAAAGAGAGGGCAACCCUGAGCAUCAAGGAAUAGCCCUUCACCUUCUGUUGGGAAGGAUCCAUGUGUAUCCUGUGAGAAAGAAUCCUCCACAAAGGAUUCUUUGACAUAUUUUGAUUCCAAGUAGGGAACAUCUUGUCAGUCAUCCUCGUCAUCCUCGUCCAGAGCAUCCGCCUGCCAUUCAUCAAUGAUGUCCAGAUUUUGGAGGUAGGCCUCAUCCUCCUCUGAGGAAUCUACCGGCGGGGGUAAUUCAAUUCUAGAUUUAUGUUUGCUGCAUUUAGCAGGUGCCUUUCCCUUCGUCCAAGCAUGUGGCACGGUUAGGCCAACUCGUUUAUGUUUCGGAAGGGAUUGGAGGUCUUUAGAGGGAGCCUCAGAGCGCAUAAUGUCAUCCACAUCUUGCGGUGUCAUCCCCAUAACCUGAGUGGAUAUGUCAGACAGAACUUGUGAUAACAUCUUGGAGAUUGCUUUCUCCAUGAAAGCUGCCACCACAGCGUUUAUCAUCGCCCGGAAAUCCUGGGUUUGUUGUGGGGAGUUCGACAUGUCAGUAUAUGUUGAUGUUCUGUAGAAUAGAGGACAUACAUCUUAGACCCCUUGCCUAUUCAAUGCCUUGUGGGUAUACCGCUUGCUCAGUGCAAUUGAGGGUUGCCUGGUAUAUGGGUGUAUAUACAAACACCACUUAGUAUGCUGUGAUGUGAAGACUCAGGCACAUUGCCGGUCGUUUUGAGCAGCGGAACAUAAAAGGGAAUGUAACCUUUGUAAAUAUAGGGAGGUGUUAAUAGACUCCAAUAGCCAAAGGGGUGACCCCUAAGUCCCCAUUGGGGAGGUACCGGAUGUAUGUGGCUCAUCGUAUCCGUGGGAUUGGGUUCACGUUUUGAAUUCCAGGAAUGCUUUUGGUAAGUACCACAAUCAGGGGUUUUAUCCCUAGUGCUCUACAGUGGGGUCAGGCCCAGAGAGCAAAUCUGUAGGGCAUUUGGGUUUACCACUUAUUAGUAACAGGGGGCUCACCCCUGCGUGCAGUUGUAGCAAGCAUUCUGUACACAUUUAAAUAUAACCCCUACGAAUUGUGCUUGGGUAUCUUCAUCAGAAAUAUAUAUUCAAAUAUAUACUUACCUGAGGCAACCCGAGAGGGUGCAAGUUGAUGUACUUGUAUGCCAAGCACACAACACACUUAGUACGUGCAUGGAUUGGAUGUGUAAACGUGUUUUGUUUUUGUUUUUUACCUUGAUGCCAACAUUCUUGAGGAAUAUGGCAAAAAUGAAACAUAGCUAUACAGGUUUUAAAUAGCUGUUGGCAAUUUAGUUAACAUACACUAUUGACAUGAUAUAAUCUGUAUGUGAUAACAUAUUUUAGGUAAAAAAUGUUGUUUACAGUACUUAGGAAGCAAAUAAAAGCCACUAUCUAAAGUUUCCACAAUGCAAUGCUACUGUGCUUUUUCAUUACUCAUGAAUUGUAUGCACUCAUCUUUAUCGUAUUUAUAGAUUUAGUAACUAGCAAUUUAAGAAGGCAUUUGAAGAACCAAGUAUUUACAGCAUUACUGCUCUCUCAUCUCUUGCAAGUCUUUUUGUUGAGUCAAAAAUCCACUUAUAGAUAGGACUGCAGUGAAAGUAACCAUAUUUCCUUCUCCUUCAGGGUCAGGAAUUUCAGAAAUCUGACAAUCAAUGCUGUGGGAAAUGUGUUCAAAUUGCAUGUGUGGUUACCACGGAGGAAGGAACCAGCAAGCUGUUGACGGUAUGAUGAAUCCACCAUUCAGCGUUAUUCACUAAAGCAUGAUUUGUUGGGAUAUUAAGUCAACUGAAAGCAAAUUAAACAUUUUAGAUUAAAAAAAAAAAAAAUACCUGAAAGAAACUUUCCAAUUCAGCUAUUUGACCUGUAAUUUUAAAUACCCAUUGAAUACAUAUUGAAUUCAUGACAAUUCUCCCUUAAAUGAAUAAUCCUGAGUGUAAAUAAAUUGUAUAUAUAUAUAUAUAUAUAUAUAUAUAUAUAUAUAUAAUUGCACUUAUGGUGCUGAUUGCCUUACUUACUUUAAAGGACCACUCUAGGCACCCAGGCCACUUCAGCUUAAUGAAGUGGUCUGGGUGCCAGGUCCAGCUAGGGUUAACCCAUUUUUUCAUAAACAUAGCAGUUUCAGAGAAACUGCUAUAUUUAUCAAUGGGUUAAGCCUUCCCCCAUUCCCUCUAGUGGCUGUCUCAUUGACAGCCACUAGAGGCGCUUGUGUGCUUCUCACUGUGAUUUUCACAGUGAGAGCACGCCAGCGUCCAUAGGAAAGCAUUAUGAAUGCUUUCCUAUGUGACCGGCUGAAUGUGCGCGCAGCUUUUGCCACGCGUGCGCAUACAGCCGACGGGGAGGAGAAGAGGAGGAUCGGAGGAGAGCUCUCUGCCCAGCGCUGGAAAAAGGUAAGUUUAUCCCCUUUUCCCCUUUCCAGAUCUGGGCGGGAGGGGGACCCUGAGGGUGGGGGCACCCUCAGGGCACUAUAGUGCCAGGAAAACGAGUAUGUUUUCCUGGUACUAUAGUGGUCCUUUAACCUCUUCACCACCACAAAUGUGUAUAAAGCCUCACUCAAUUCUCUUUAUACUGCAUGGAUUAUUACCUGCUUGUAGAUGAACAUAUCUCUCUGGCAGUUGCCCAUUCCAUUCAUUUAAUAUCAGCAAAUAUGCUGAGACUAACAACUUUUCUCAUUCCAAGCAGUAAAGGAAGCUACAAAGACCAUACAAUUUAUACAAUCAUGGAGGGGGACCGGUACAUGUGAUAGUUAACAUCCCCCCACUCAAUGAACUUUAAAAUACCCUCUUGAUCCAAGUAUAAAUCUGACUGCCAUUCUGGGGUCAAGAAGGAAUUUUUUUCCUAGUUUGUUGCAAAAUUGAAAGUGCUUCUAACUGUUUUUUUUUUUGUUUGUUGUUUGUUUGUUUGUUUUGCCUUAAUUUAGAUCAAAAGUGAAAACAGAUGUGAGGAAGGCUGGACUUGAUGGACACAUGUCCCUGUUCAGCCUAUGUAACUAUAUAACAUGGAAUUAACCCAAUAAUCCUUUUAAAAAGUGUUCAUUCAAUUGUUAUUGAUUAGCUCAGGAGAUUAACAGAAACUGCUUCAUUUUGGAGCCACAGUCAUGUUUACAUUGCAGGGCUAAACAAAUCGCCCAUGGCUGUCACACUGACAGUUGCUAGAUGUAGCUCCAUUAUUCACAACCAGUACAAUGCAGAGAGCUCUGACUUCCCACAUAGAUGCAUUUCACUCCGUGUUUCUCUAUUAUUAUUAUUAUUUAUUAUUAUUAUUUUAUUAUUUAUAUAACGCCAACAAAUUCCGUAGCGCUGUACAAUGGGUGGACUAACAGACACAUAAUUGAGAUCAGACCACUGGACGUACAGGAACAGAGGGGGUUGAGGGCCCUGCUCGAUGAGCUUACAUGCUAGAGGGAGUGGGGUAUAGUGACACAAAGGGUUAACGUAGGGGAAUUAAAUAAUGCUAUGAGAAGCAUUUGAUUGGUAAAGCCUGGUGCUUGCAACGCAAGCAUGUUUUGUUAACAAUUCUUUUCUAUGAAAAAAGGUGGAUUGGGCUGCAGCAUGGACAAUACAGCACAUACAGAACUAUAAUGUCACGAAAAUGAACUGAUUAGAAAUGUUAAAGGAUGUUUUAUUUAUGUUUAUUAACAUUAAGAUCUGGAUUUUUUUUUUCAAAGGAUGGUGGCACAUGGACUGCAGAAAAUAACAGAUGCGUAACAUAUACUUGUAAAAAAUCACAAGAACAGUUGAUCACUUCAGUAGUAGAAAUGUCCUGUGCAAAUAUAACAGAAAGCGAUUGUGAAUCUGUAAGUUACAAAGUAUUAUUAAACUAUGAGCUAUUCAUAUAUAAUAAACAACUAAUUAAGUAAAUAAAGCACAGUUUUGGGAGGUUUAUGAUUUGGUCAUCGUAGUUGAAUAAGGCAAAAAAUUUAAUUUCCAUUACAACCAUGCCAUUUAACUAUCUUUGAAUUUUAAAAGCAUUCAAAUGGUGGAGUAAUAGGAAUAAAAUAAAAUAGGAAAAUUGGAGAGAAAAUAGGGAUGCUGCAAGUCUUUUAUAGGAAAAUGCCACUAACAUAUUGCUAUGAAAUAUAGAAAAUCAGAAAGCGUACUGCGUUAUCAAACUACUGUGGGUUCCCUCUAUAUUUAUUUAUUUAUAGAAUAUUUUACCAGGAAAGAUAAAUUGAGAUUUCUCUUGUUUUCAAGUAUGUCCUAUAUAACUAUACACACCAACCACACACUGCACGUUUAAAACACCAUACUUAGAAAAUGUUAACUUUUACUAUAGGAAACUAUAAAAUAUAAAAGUUAAACAUUUUGGAACUGUCUUAUUUGGUAAAAGAGACCAGCCAAUAUAACUAAAAUAUAUUUAAAAAAAUAUAUAUAUAUUUAUUAGUUCAUCAUAAAACUAAUGAAGUCGAUGAAACAGCACUCAACUAAAAGUAUACAAAAAUAUAAAAUGUAAAAGGACUUCCACAUUCCUGCCAAAAUGCCCAUUGUCCUCUGAAUGAGUUAAUUGUAAAGUCGUCUGUACAUAUCUGGACGACAUGCUUACACUGGUGAAAAUGAUGCUGCUCAUAAAGAAAAUAUUAUAGCCUUUGGUGUGUAUAGGAUUAACUAUGCUCCAGGAAAGUGGGGUUAUGGAACUAUUUUAUGAAAUGAUUUCUCUUAACUAAAACAUAUUAUUGAUUAACCUCUUAAAGAACAAAUGUUACACUGUCAUGUCAUGAUUCCACUUGGAUCCCACAAUUCUUUAUUUUAGCAUGAAAUCCCACCCAAUAUUUAGCUUUGGCAUUUCCAUGACCGCCUGUUGUCAUUGAACAAAGGAGAAAUGCCAUUUUGGUAUGAGAUCCUAAAUGAACAGAUUGUUUUGAUGACUUAGACCAUCAUUGGUCCUUAAGGAGUUGGUAGUUUUCUGGACAUUCUCAUGUUGACAAAAACCAUCACAUGAUGUUUGAGGAUUAGAGUUUCAUAUGGUUUUUAUAUGAAUAACUACUGUGGCAUUAUAUUAAUCUAUUGAAAAUAUAAAACCUUAUAAAAACAAAAACAAAAGCAAACCAAUAUACAAAAGCAAUGCAGAGAUAUUGUAUUAACAAUGCUUCAAAUGUAUGUCGUUUUUAUUUAUUUAUUAUUUAUUACUGGUAUUUAUAAAGCGCCAACAGGAGGAUUGGUGACACAGACUAGCCAUUUGUUGCACAUAUUAAAAUAUUUACUUAUUAAAUUCUAUCAGCUAGGUAACUGCAAGUACAAAUAUUAAAGUAGUAAAAUACAAGUAAAAAUGGUAACAUGGUAAUAGUAAAUCAAUAUGUAGUAAAAAGGUGGAAGUAAUCCAGUAGGGUAUCUUCUGAAUCCCAGUUCAUACCUUAAAACUGCAGUGUUCAAAUGAAGAUUCUAAGUUGCAAAGAUAUAUUGUAUUAAAGAUGCUUCAAAUGUAUGUCAUUUUCAGAUGUCAUUAAAUUUAAAGUAUUUGUAUAAAAUAGCACAUAUUUAUAGUUAAAGUCUGCACCAUUGUUUAUGACUUUCUAUGCAAUAAUUAACAGAAUUUAUCUUAUAUAUAUAGGGCACGAUCGAACUGUCUCCAGAUGGCUGCUGUAAUGUAUGCAAAGGUAAGCAAGUUACGUUUAUACAUAUUGCUUUUAGGACAAUUAGCUUCAGAACAAAUUUAAAGUGAUAAAGAUGCAAGCAAACUCAACGAAAGAAUAAAAAUGUGAUCAUGUGCUUGACAAUCAGUUCUGCUCAAUAUUUUAAUUUCAAAACAUUUUCAAAAUAAAAUACAGAAAGUAAUUAGUUAUUUAUUUUUUUCUAGCACCAAGAACCUGUGGACUUAUGCUCAACAAUACAGUCAUAUCAGUAGAUGGUUGUACUAUACAAGCUGAAAUACCAUAUUGCAGUGGAGUUUGCUCAAUCUCUCAGUGA